ACUCCAUCUGUUUCCUGUUGCCUGUAGACUUUGACCUGGUAGCCUUCUGGGUUCAGAGCUCAUUCCUGACAGCUGUUUUAGCCUGUCUAACUAGAACUGUUAUUAAUAUAGGUUUGGGGAACAUCAAAGUUUCCCUCAUCUCUGCCCCACCGACUUGUGCAUGAUACCAACAUAUGAUGUGAGAAUAAGUAAGAAAGCACAAAGCAAGGGAAGAGGAGAGGGUACUGAGAACUCAAUACAAUGAGUCAAAGUAGCAUAAUUUGAGGGGAAAAGACUUAAGUAGAUUUUGGAGCAUAUUAUCUUAAAAGUGAGAAACACUACUAUUAGUGUGUAUUCUGAGACAAAGUAUGAUGGGGGAACGGAUAAAUGGUGUGAAAUUUUGAGAAAUUUAAACUUAGAUCUUGCCCAAUUUCGUUUCUUGGCUUGUCUGCAGCAAGUGUCAAGAUGAUGAUCUGAAAUGAAAAUAGAUCGCUUCAUCAUCAGUAAUGCUCCCAUAAUUCGAGAAGCCUCUAGGUUGGAUGUUAUAUUGGCCCAUAAGCUUCAAUGAAAAUGGCUUAACAGAGCAUAAACAAUGAUUUAGCAGGGAGUGGACUGUCUCCAGCCAGGACACUGACUUGGCAUUAGUCCUUAACAUCUUUGUUAAUUAUCAAGGAGACAAGAUAACUGCCCGUCCAUUUAACAUACACGUGGCAUUGCCUCUGAGGGCAGCAUAAACUCAAGCGUCAACAGAAUGGGAAUUGAAAUGUCUGUGCCUAGGAGAACAUGAGAAAGUAGCCAGUGACCUACAGAUAGGCUGAUGAAUUUGGACAAGUUCUUCACUGUGUAGUUGGUUCUGCAGCAUGAUGAUUACAUCAAGGGAGUGUGCAUGCAUGGGUGCAUGGGUUUGGCAAAAUGAAGAAUGGCUACCAAAAGGUACCCCCGAGAGAUCAAUGUACUUAAGUCAUGCUUAUUAGAAUAUCUGGAAGAUCACGACUGAGCAAAGCAUUUCCAUGGAAGUUCAUGGCGUAUGGGCAAGCACAGCACGGCUUACCUAACCACUGUGUUUCCUGCCCCACUGAUCGUGUGCUGCUGCUGAGGACAUCAGGGUAGGGGGUGUGAGGUUACGGCCUGCAUUCUGCUACUCACUGCCAGAUCGCCAGUUUAAAUAAUAAGAUGUGCAGUGCCGGUUUGCAGUACUGUUCCUUUAAUUAUGCCAGAUUAAUUACUUGAGACAUGCACUCUGGACCUCCCAUAGACUGUGAUUCCAAUUUAGGAGUGGACCUACUUGAAAGAUAAACUAGUAAAGGGUGGGUGAGCACACCAUAAGAAACACACACACAAACACACACAUACACACAUGCACACAUACACACACACAUAUACACACAUGCAUACAUACACACACAUGCACACAUAUACACAUGUACACAUGCCCAUACACACAUUCACACACACACACACACAAACAUACGCACACACCCCUAUCAAAGCGAAGUUAGUUUUUAUUUCUUGUUUUUAUCAUAUAGAAAUAAAUUCUUACUUUUUUUAUCAUUGUUUAUUGUGUUUUAACUAACUGUGGUCACUCAGGAAACUGCAGAAUUAGUUAUUUUUAUAUUUUUGAUGAAGAGCCCAAGGAAAUUUUCCUUCAUUUUCUCAUGCUGUCAUUCCAUGAAUUGAUAUAGUUGUGAGCACACACUUCCAAGGCUGUCACCAUUGGAAGCUGGUGCCAUUCAGAGAGACCCAGCUAAGUCAUUGGUGUUAAACCUUGUUUCAAAACGUGACAGAUUGAAGUAUGUCACUUUAGGAGCUGGCUGCUAGCUGUGAAGAGUCCCCCUGGUUUGGGAGGUUUUGGUGUUUGAGUUUUGAACGAAUCCCAGGUUGAGGCAAUGACACAUUCACACUCCCAACUAAAAUAUCAAGGAAAACACUACUCUUUACAAAACUCCAGGAUAGUUAUUCCUGAGAUUAGGAGACCAACAGUUAAUUAAGCAUGUACGUGAGUGAGUGGGUGUGUCAAAGGCAUUUUUUCCAGAAACCUAAUGUUGUUCAUUACACAAAUAUAACAAAAUUAUGAAUAUAUACUAAAAUUUAAACUAAUCUUUAUGUUCAGUCUGUAUCUUUAAAAAGCACAGAGGACAUAUGUCAGUCUUCAUAUGAGUCCAAGUAGCUUUGCUAGUGACUGAUGCCAAAAGAAAACCGACAGAAGAUAAGUAAAAUAAUGGAAGUUCCGUGAUGGGCAGAGGCUGACGGUCCCAUUAAACCUGCAGCUCGGCUGCUGUCACUCCCUGAGUGCUGUGCCAGCUGUAAGCUGGUUCAUCAGUCAGGUGAUUCACACGCCUUGUGUUUCCACAGAGAGCCCACGGUCUUGCUUAUAUAAGCACAUUAAUAGCAGAAGCAGUGUGCAGGAUGUGGGCUCGUCAUCCCUGGAUGCUGCUCUCGAAAGGGUAGAAAAUGACGCUGUGUUGUUUUGAUGUGGAAAAAACAGAGGAAAUUUUAUAAAUGUGUAAGGUUUUUUUUUCUUUUUGAAUAUUGUACUUCUCCCUUUGUGAAAGUUUCUUGGCAACUUUGAUUCAGAAUGCCUAUUGUAAAAAUGACAGAGGAGUCUUAAGCCAAGUGCUCUAAACUGACAGGCAAUCUAUGUUAAUAUUUUUACUUAUACAUAUAUACAUACCCAUUCACAUUAUCAGUUUAAAUAUGACUGUAUUGCAUAAGGAUCAGAGUCUAUUUUCCACCUGAUAUCCUCAAGGGUUUUAAGCUUCAAACUGAAAAAUAAAGAAAACGAAUGUAUUGCUCUCAAAAAUUUUAAUGACCUUAAAUUCUAAACAUUUUCCAUAAACACAACAUAUCUGCACUUAGUGGAUGCUGUAUAAAAAUCAAUACUAGAGGAGAAAUCACUUAUCUAUGUAUACAUGUAUAAUAUAUCAGUUAUAAAUUAUAUAUUACCUGUGUAUGUGUAUCAGUUUUAUCAUCAAGGCAUUCUUCCUUCAUUGGAGAAGACAAGAGUCUUGAUUAGAAAUUAGUCUCAAGUAAACACAAAUUAUUUCCCGAAAUUACUGGUAUUCCAGGAGUGAGACUGGAUAAAUAGAUGGGAAAGCACCUUUGCUAAGGAAUUUACAGCCUUAACUAUUUGAAUAAACGGUGAAUCUUAAAAUAGAGCUAUUUUAAGUUGCUGUUAGCUCAAGGUUUGCUGUAUGUUGGGCUGUACGUGUGUUGACAGAGUUUGUGUCUAGGCUGUUUGGAGAUUCCAGGUAGACUAGAAGGAAGUAACAAAGACAAACAUCAAAGUACAGAUGUUCUUUGUUUUUUGAAGGAUUAGGAGCUACAGCUUUGAGGACUGCACAAAGGCAUAAACAAAAUGCUUGGAUCUAGUUGGUUCAGGAACUCAAAGGCAGUUGGCACUGUGUGUUUCUUGGGGCACUGGGUGAGGAAUGCAAGUACCAGCCAGUUGCUAGGGAAUGAGCACGUCAGGUCAGGACAGCAAUCCUCCAGCCUCAGAAGCUUCAGAUAUGCCUGAAAAGCUUGUUAGGUUCCUGCUGCUGCUACACUCUAAGACCCAGAAUCAGAGAAUAUAGAAAUUGUGAUUCUGAAAAAGGGAAAUGUAUAUGGGACCAGUGAUAAACAUGAUAUUCAAGUAGUCACUAACUGGAAAUCUAAAAACCAGAACCUAUAAAUACUCAAUGCUAUGGUCCCUAAAAAGCAGAUCACCAUGGACAUUCACAACAAUGGUGUCUCAAAGAUCCAAGUCUGCAGUUGGGCUGUAUUCCCUGUGGUGGCCCUUUAUGGUCUUGAGCCAUAAGAACUCAGGUUUCUUAUUUGUAAACUGGUGUCUUGUUCCAUCUAAGGUUUAUUUGAGGCAAAAUCUGUUAAAGGCUCAAUAAGACAUAUUCUUUGCAUGUUGUUUGGAUGAGCUAGUCAGCCCCAUGUACUCUCAGCCCCUCGAAUUUAGCAAGCCAGAACCUUGAGGCCUACAAUAAUGGGUGAACUUUCACAGAGUCACUGGUUUUGUACCAAGAACAUUGAAAGCCAUAGCUUCCUGAUAUCAUGGUCCAAUUUUAUGCCUCUUUAUAGGUCAUUACUGGUUGACCUAUAGAUUGGUUAAGAAAUGCUUUUGAAUUCCUGGUCUACUUACAAAAAAUUACCACCUGGAAACUGUUACAGUUGGUCUAUUGCUAAGCCCUCAUGGGGAUAUAUUUCCCACAAACACUUAACUGCCUAGCUCCCUCUUGGCCUUUAGGGCAUUACAGAAAAGAAAGGUUCUUCCAAACAAACAAACAAAUAAACAAAAUGAGUGACAUGGACAGAGUGAAAACUGUAAGUUGGCUGUUGAAACACUUAACGUUUCUAGCAAAUGAGCAACAAGAUAACACAUAUUUUACCUAGUCUGAAACCUUUCCAAAUCUCUUUUAAAAACCUGUGAGAGAAUCCCGAGCAGGAAGCAAGGUAUAUCAGAGCUAUUUUUCUAAAGAAAAAGAAGAAACAAAGUAGAACUGCCCCCUUGUAUCUCCAACAGCCACAAGCCUUUCAAUAGGAUUGCAACCCUAUCCUGUCCUGUAGCUCUGUGAAAAUGGAUUGUGUCAGGGAGAUCAAGGCCAGUGUCAAACAAAAAUGAAAGAGCAAGGCCCAGCUUCCUUUGGUGCUAACAGAUAGCCUGUCCUACCACCAGCUGACUCAAGCCUUGGACUCAUAAAUAGUAAAACGGCGAAGGAAUGUGUGUCACUGUCUUUUGUACUCAGCGCCAUCUGGACAGUACUUUCUUGGCCAUAUCAGUGUGGUGGCUUAAUUUAUAUAUAAUUCAUACCCCAUUUGCUUCUGAGGGUUCCAAAGUACCAGAGCCUGUCUCUUUGGAUCACAAGCUACAGUUUCUCUGGUACCUUCUUGGAAUUCUGUACAUGGUCAUGAAGAACAGGGGAUCCCCUCCUCCUCCACCUGCUCUGUCUGGAGAGCCUAAAGCAGGGGACUCUGUCACACUUGGAGAACUCAGCACCCCAAGCAGCUAUGAUGCCCUGAUUAAGCUCACAGUAGGCAUAAGUUCAUUAGCAAUUUCCUUACAAAAGAUUGAUCAAUGAGACGUGGUUUCAUAAGAAGAAGGCAGAUUAUUUACCAUGUGUAUGCAUCGGCAUGAAUGCAGAGUCAUUUCUGUAGGCCAAUCAACUCCAUCUUUUCUGCAAAGUUAUUUAUCAUCAACAAAUAUUGUAAAGGAGGGGCCACAUUUCCCAUUAGGUUAAACAUAAAAUUUCUGGAACGAAGACAGGAUGACCCUGUAACAUCUUCCCAAAUAGUCUCAUGUGUAUCAUGGACUCAAAAGUUAACCCUAAAGAUUUGAUACUGCAAAGGGAAGUGGUGCACAGUGUCUUUCCCUGUGUUUUCCUUACAAACUCACGUCAUAGGCUUGUUUUUUAGUGUCCUAAAUUCAACUUCAUUUACUGAUUCUGUUCAGUGCACCUGACUCUAGGGCAAACUCUGGGGAAAAAAACCUCAAAACCUUCCUUUUAGAGUCUAUGGCAAUGUGAAGUAUUAGGCCCUUCCUCCUAGUGUCUCCUAGGGAGGCUAGGGUACUGAGCCUGACUCCCUCGCCCUGCUUUCUACUCUGGCUUUGCUCUCCUGCACAGAGGAGUUUGGAGUAAGCAGUUAGGUUCUCUGCGUCUUCAGGUUGUCAUCUGCGUGGUACAAUCACACCAUCUGCAUUGGCGUCUGUUCCGAGACUCACAAGGGGACAUUUCCUGGGAAAGCCAUGUGUCCUCUGGUCGGAGCCAGGCGUAGAAUCUGGGGCCCCUGAUGUCGGGUCUGAUGCGUUCCACAAAGCCGGGCUUCCUAAAGGGGUUGUGGUUAAUGGGUGUUGUCUCAUGAUUUCAUCACUUUCUAGUGUGUUCCUCCUGAGUGUUCUCCACACCUUCAGUGGACAGGUUUCCAGGUCAGUGCCUGUCGUGAGCCAGUCUGCCACACCAUGUGCAUGGCACUGUGACUGUAACACCCACACGCCAGUCACUCUCACGGUGCGUUAGGAUGGAUCCAGUCUAAAUUCUGACUGAGAACAGGGAAUGGCCACAUGGAAACAACAUUACUUUAGGAAGAUCGAGCAGCUUCUCUGGGUCAGAGGCUGCUCUGCUGUAUCUGAGGGAAAUGCCAAUUUUAUGAUAUUUUUGGGAGGACUGCACAAGUCCCGCAGUCCAGAGGCUUAGCCACUAGCACAGCAGAUGAUACAUGCUUCAUUCACAAACGCCAGGCACUGAACCAAGUGGUGGGAGGAGUUAAUGGCAGCAUUCACAGGCCUAUUAGCCAGAGGAUUCCUUGGAUUUGGGAGGGGUAGACUAAACUAUAAUGAUUCUAAGCAAUCAUUUUUGCUGGGGUCAGAGAAGUGGACACCUAGCAGGCUGUGGUGUAGGGAGCGGGGAGAACAGAGGGCAGUGACCACUUGGCACAAGCUUGCCUCUCUAGAGAAGGACAGCGCAUAUAUACCAUCCCCAGGGAUUGUCGUUCUAGAAAUGAGUCUACAGCCACCAUGCAGCAACUGGUCAAGAACCAUAAUUACGCUGCUGCUGUCAGAAUGGCUAUAAUCAACUUUAAGAUCUUAAAUGAUAUUAAUCAAAAGAGAAAAAGAAAAAGAAAGGAAAAGAAAGCUGGCCUUGUGCAUAGCCCUAGGGGACCCAGCUUGUGACUUACUGUGUUCAGGAGACGGACUCUGAGACCAAGGGCAGGCAAUAUGUAAACACAGGACUGGGCCUCGCUUUACACAUCCCCUGAUUGACAUUUCCCUGAUAGCUAUCCGGAUUAGCUGCUGAUCUGAUUUACAGAAGGAUAUUAAGGGAUAGUUGACAGGUCAACUCAAAUCCUCCUGGGAGCUCAAGCUUCUCAGGAGAGAGCCCAGCAACAAAACUCCCCUCUUGAUAAAGUGAGCAGUGUGCAUUUUCACUAGCCGAAACUGGUGCUCAUAACAGAACAGAGACAAUCCCGUCAGGACAGUCUAUUACAGUCCUGUCUUUGCCUAGCUCUGACUUCAGUGAGCAAAAGGUCCCAGCACUGGUCAACAUUCCUCUCCCAGCUCCUCUUCCCCAAUGUCCAGAUGAUAAUGUAGCCCCCAAAGACAGUUCCAGUCAACAAGACAGAGCCUGCUCCUGACUCCACAUCACAUAUUAAUACAUAGCCACAAACUUGUUACUUGCAGUUAAAAAUAAAAGGACAGGAAAAUGGAUUUCCAGGGUGGCAAUGUACAGACCAUUUUCUAAUAACCUAUGGUUUUCCUUCCUUCUUCUUUUUAAUGUAAGGGGGCAAAGUGGCACUGACAUGUGUAGAGAGGACCUGCAUAAUUGAAGCAGUGUGAGCUGACACAGUGAAUGCGAAAAUUAUGUGAUCUAUGAAAAUAGCAGGCAGAGAGAGGCAGCACUUAAAGACCGCUCAGGCCACUUAGAGAACACCUGGAGGAGCACCCCAUUGAGCUAACCUAUGAAAAACGUGGGGGUGGGCGUUGCUUCUAAUUUUCUUUUUUAUUGGAUAUUUUAUGUAUUUACAUUUCAAGUGUUAUCUCCUUUCUGGAUUUCCCCUCCAGAAACGCCACUAUCCAUCCUCUCUCUCCCUGCUUCUAUGAGGAUGCUUCCCCCACCCACCAAACCACUCCCACCUCAUCACCCUGACACUCCCCUACACAGGAGCAUCAAACCUUCAUAGGACCAAGGACCUCUCCUCCCACUGAUGCCAGACAAUGAUAUCCUCUGCUAAAUAUGCACCUGGAGCCAUGGAUCUGUGCAUGUGCACUCUUUGGUUGGUGGUUUAGUCCCAGGAAAGCUCUGGGUGUCUGGUUGGUUGAUAUUGCUGUUCUUCAUAGGGGUUGCAAACCCCUUCAGCUCCUUCAGUCCUUUCCCUAACUCCUCCAUUGGGGUCCCCAUGCUCAGUCCAGUGGUUGGCUGUGAGUAUCUCCCUCUGUUUGUCAGGCUCUGGCAGAGCCUCUCAGGAGACGGCUAUAACAGCUCAUGUCAACAAGCACUUCUUGGCAUCUACAAUAGUCUCUGGGUAUGAUAUCUGUAUAUGGGAUGGAUCCCCAGGUAGGGCAGUUUCUGGAUGGCCUUUCCUUCAGUUUCUGCUCCAUACUUUGUCCCUGUAUUUCCUUUAGACAGGAGCCAUUCUUGGUUAAAAAUUUGUAGAUGAGUAGGUGGUCACCCCAUCUCCCCACCUGGGGGCAUGCCUAACCUCUGCUUAUGGUCUCUACAGGUUCUCCCUCCCCAGUGAUGGGCUUUUCAGCUAAGCUCAUACCUGUUGGGUUCUAGGAGCCUCUUGCUUUCCUGGCAUCUGGGACUGGCUGGUGGCUACCCCAAAUUCUACACAUUGCUUCAUACCUCUGCUCAAGUUCUUGACACUAUAUCAUCCCACAUCCACUCAUACUGGAUCCUGUCCCCCUUUUCCCCAUCACCCUCCUCUCUUCCUCCCAAGUCCAUCCCACCCUCUACCUCCUGUGAGUACUUUGUUUCCCCUUCUAAGAAGGACUGAAGCAUCCACAUUUUAGUCUUCCUUCUUCUUGAGCUUCAUAUGGUCUGUGAACUGUAUCUUAGGUAUUCCAAGCUUUGGGGGUAAUAUCCACUAACCAGUGAGUGCAUACUACAUGUGUUCUUUUGUGACUGGGUUACCUCACUCAGGAUGAUAUUUUCUAGUUACAUCCAUUUGCCUAAGAAUUUCAUGAAGUCAUUGUUUUUAAUAGCUGAGUAGCACUCCAAUGUACCCUUUGACUUUUGUUGUCUGAUUUCUCUGGCUUGGGCUUUGAGUACUAUAUGGAAUGUAGUGUACUAAAUGUACCACAAUUUCUGUAUCCAUUCCUCUGUUGAAGGACAUCUGGGUUCUUUCCAGCUGCUGGCUAUUAUAAAUAAGGCUACGAUGAACAUAGUGGAGCAUGUGUCCUUGUUAUAUGUUGGAGCAUCUUUUGGGUAUAUGCCCAGGAGAGGUAUAGCUGGGUCCUCAGGUAUUGUCCAAUUUUGUGAGGAACCACCAGUCUGAUUUUUAGAGUGGUUGUACCAGCUUUCAAUCCCACCAGGAAUAGUGUUCCUUUCUCCACAUUGUCCCCAGAACCUGCUGUCACCUGAGUUUUUGAUCUUAGCCAUUCUGACUGGUAUGAGGUGAAAUCUCAGGGUUGUUUUGAUUUGUAGUUCCCUGAUGACUAAGGAUGUUGAUCUGUUCUUGGAUUCAGUUUGGGAGAAUUUUACUGAGUAUUUUCGCAUCAAUAUUCAUUAGGGAAAUUGGUCUGCAGUUCCCUUUCUUUGUGGGUCAUUGUGUGGUUUAUGUAUAAGUGUAAUUGUGGCUUCAAAGAAUGAAUUGGGUAGUGUUUCAUUUGUUUCUAUUUUGUGGAAUAGUUUGAAGAUUAUUGGUAUUAGUUCUUCUUUGAAGGUCUGAUAGAAUUCUGCACUAAAUCCAUCUGGUCCUGGGCUCUUUUUGGUUGGAAGACGUUUAAUGACUGCUUCUAUUUCUUUAGGGGUUAUGGGACUGUUUAGAUGGUUUAUCUGAUCCUGAUUUAACUUUGGUACCUGGUAUCUGUCUAGAAAAUUGUCCAUUUUAUCCAGAUUUUCCAGCUUUGUUGAGUAUAGGCUUUUGUAGUAGGUUCUGAUGAUUAUUUUUCCUCAGAUUCUGUUGUUACUUCUCCCUUUUCAUUUCUGAUUUUGUUAAUUUGGAUAAUGUUUCUGUGCCCUCUGGUUAGCCUGGCUAAGGGUUUAUCUAUCUUGUCGAUUUUCUCAAAGAACCAUAUGCUUUUGUUGCUCAAAAUUGAGAGUUCAUCCUGGUAGAUUUUUUUCCUUUGAUGAAUAUGAAAUGUCCUUGCUUAUCUUUUUUUGAUAACUUUUGGUUGAAAGUCGAUUUUAUUGGAUAUUAAAAUGGCUACUCCAGCUUGUUUCUUGGGACCAUUUGCUUGAAUUUUUUCCAGUUUUUUACUCUUAGGUAGUGUCUGUCUUUGUCACUGAGGUGCAUUUCCUGUAGGCACCAAAAUGCGGGUUCCUCUUUAUGUAUCCAGUCUGUUAGUCCAUAUUGUUUCAUUGGAGAACUGAGUCAGUUGAUGUUAAAAGAUAUUAAGGAAAAGUAAUUUGUUGCUUCCUGUUAUUUUUGUUGUUAGAGGUGGAAUUAUGUUAGUGUGGCUAUCUUCUUUUGGGCAUGUUGAAAGAUUACUUUCUUGCUUUUUCUAUGGUGUAGUUUCCCUCAUGUUGGAGUUUUCCAUCUAUUAUCCUUUGUAGGGCUUGAUACUGUGUAAAUUUGGUUUUGUCAUGGAAUAUCUUGGUUUCUCCACCUAUGUUAAUUGAGAGUAUAGUAGCCUAGGCUAUUAUAUGUUCUCUUAGGGACUUUAUGACAUCUGUCCAGGAUCUUCUGGCUUUCAUGGUCUCUGUUGAGAAGUCUGGUGUAAUUCUGAUAAGUCUACCUUUUUUAUUCUACUUGACCUUUUUCACUUACUGCUUUUAAUAUUCUUUCUUUGUUUUGUGCAUUUGUUGUUUUGAUUAUUAUGUGACGGGAGGAAUUUCUUUUCAGGUCCAAUCUAUUUGGAGUUCUGUAGGCUUCUUUUAUGUUUAUGGGCAUCUCUUCUUUUAGGUUAGGGAAGUUUUCGUCUGUGAUUUUGUUGAAGAUAUUUACUGGCCCUUUAAGUUGGGAGUCUUCACUCUCUUCUAUACCUAUUAUCCUUAGGCUUGAUCUUCUCAUUGUGUCCUGGAUUUCCUGGAUGUUUUGGGCUAGAAGCUUUUUCUGUUUUACAUUAUCUUUGACAGUUGUGUUGAUGAUUUCUAUGGAAUAUUCUGCUCCUGAGAUUCUCUCUUCUAUCUCUUAUAUUCUGUUGGUGAUGCUUGUAUCUACAACUCCUUGUCUCUUCCUUGGGUUUUCUAUAUCCAGGGUUGUCUUCCUCUGUGCUUUCUUUAUUGUUUCUAUUUCCAUUUUUUUGAGAUAAGUAGUUGAAUAUUUUACUUUUAUUGUCUACUUUUACCUGUUAACUGCAUAAUACAAGAAAAGAAACUGUAACAGAUAAGCAUAAAUCUGCAUGGCACGCCAUGAAACAAGGCAAACAGUGGAAAUGUCACGUUACAUGCUUCCUCCAGGGAAGUGUUGAGAUUCUGUAAGAAGCAUAAACUUGAUAAAUCAACUGUCCACUGCUUCUCAAUAAAGUAAGCAAUAACUCUGACUCCAUAUCUGUCUGAAAUAUGUGGCGACAAUGACAUAUCCAAAGGUGGCACACCCAAAAUAGCAUGAUUCGAGAAGAGCUUAUUUCCAGAAAGGCCCUGCUCCAAGACAUAUGUGAUGUAGGGAAACAGAAGGAAUCCAGGGCCACGUUUCAGAUAUACAAAAUCUGAUGGAGAAGCCAGGGAACCCAGAGAGAAUGGAAAGGAGAUAAGUAGGUCACCGAGAGGACUAGCAACCAGCCUGCAAAAUUUGACCUCAUGGACUAGAAAAGAAAUCCUCAGUCUCACACCCCUCCUUUGCAUCUCUACCUUCUCCAUUUGGGACCAGAGGAAAAGAUUCAAAGUUUACGUGGCUCUAGAGGGAAGGGAAGCGGAGUUAAUGGUUCAACAGACAUGGAGAGCUAAAUAGAAAGCACUGGGAAAGAAAAACAACAGAAGGUGACAAUAUAAUUCAAACUAGCACACCUCGUGUCAAUAGAACUAUAAAGAAACACAUUUUAGUCCAAUUCUAUGUAGAUGGUGUUCUUUCAAGUCUAGUGAUUAAUACAUUCAUUAUAAAUAUUUACUCUAUAAAUGUUUAAUAUUUGAGCAACAUGUACCUAACAUAUCUACAAUUUUUCCUUACAUGGCUGUCUUAGUUUGGGUCUCAUUGCUGGAAAAAGACUCCAUGACCAAGGCAACUCUUGUAAAAGACAACAUCUAAUGGGGGCUGGCUUAUAGUUUCAGAGGCUCAGUCCAUUAUCAUCAUGGCAGGAAACAUGGCAGAGUGCAGGCAGACAUGGUGCUGGAGGAGUCUCUGUAUCCUGAUCUGAAGGCAGCAAGGAGACUGUAUAUGUUCCCCACUGGGUGUAGCAUGAGCACUUAAGACUUCAAAGCUCCGCCUACACAGUGAUACACUUGGUGAACAAGGUCACACCUCCUCCAAGUAAGCCACACCUCCUAAUAGUGCCACUCCCUAUGGCCAAGCAUCUAAAUACUUAAGUUUACGGGGCCACACCUAUUCAAACCACCACAUUCCACUCCGUGAGUUAUAACAUAAUGUAAAAUGCAUUUAGUCCAAUUUAGAAGUCUCCAUAGUCUACCAUAGUCUGAAAAUGUUUAGAAAUCUAAAGUUCAAGUUCUCUUCGGAGAGUCAUGCACUUUUUCAACUAUAAUCCCCUAAAAAAUCAAAAUAGAAAGACUCUAUACAUCUAGCAUAUCAUGCACAGGAUGUACAUUACCUUUUCAAAAUACAGGGAAGGAAAAAUAGUGAGGAGAUACUGGACCAAAGCAAGACCAAAACUAGCUGGGCAAACUCCAAACUCUGAAUUUCCACCUCUGACGUCAAAAUGCUCUUCAGAUCUCAAUUCCUUUCAGCUUCAUUGACUGUGAUACACUUUUUCUGUUGGGCUGGUUCUGCUCCCUGUUAGUAGCUUUCCUUGGCAGAUACCCCAAGGCUCUAGCAUCUCUAGACUCUUGGGGUGUUCAAGGCAAUUCAGGGUUCACCUUCACAGCUUCACACAGAAGUUUCUCUGGACCUCCAUGCAGGGACAACCCUGCCACAUGCAUUGCUUCAGUGGCUUUCUUUAGUCUUGGAGGGGGAUUCCAUAACCACUUCCACACAGUGUUCUCUCUGGGCCUCCAGGCAGGCACUCCUCUGAUACACACUUGGCCUCAGCAACUUUCCUUAGACUUGGAAGGAGAUUCUUGACUCCAAAGCCAGAACUAUAUGGCCAAAGCUGCCAAGUUCUACUGCUUGCUGGGGCUGGAACAUGGUCCCCUUGUUCAGUCACAUCUUCACCAGAUUUUUGUUUUCAAUGGUUACCUUUACUGCCUAAGUUUUGCUGUCAUAGAACUUCUGCAGAAAGGCUGGCCUUGAAUUCAGAGAUGUGCAUGCUCUGUCUACUAAAUGCUGGGUUUAAAGGCCUGUAAUCGCCACAGUUGGACCUAAGCUUUUCUUUAAUUUACUUUUCAUUAUAGAUCUUAAUAAACAUGGCUACUAAGCCUAAGUCUGAAUUAAACCUUGUUGAUCCAGAUCAAAAACAUUCAUCAUCCCACCUCAAGAUCUAGAUCAAAGGCCUGUGUCUUCUAGUCUCAAGAUACUGAUCAAAGACAUAUUUUCUUUAUGCUUCAAGAUAUAGAUCAGCUGUGCCCUUCUUUUCUGGAUUGUAGUUCAUUUCAAGUAUAGGCAAGUUGACAAUAGAGAAGAGCCAUCACAAUUCACCCCUUGUCACCUUGACACACAACCAUAUGUCCAUAAGUCCAGAUGGAAAAACAAACAACCAGGUCAUAAUACCAUGUAACAUGAUAUAAGUGUCGCUGUACAACUGCAGAUGCACUGUAGAUUUAGAAUAGGCGGCAAAGUCCCUUGAGGGACAUCCUCUUCACAAGAUGGUAACUUAGCUAGGUGGAAUCUUGCCCCAGUUCCCCUUAAUUCCACUCUUAAUUCCAUUUAAUAUCAUUAGUCUGUUUAUCUUCUUGAAGUCAGGAUUCAGUUCCAUUCUGUUUCCCAUCAUUAUGACAAAAUCCUUCAGAAAAACAAUCUGACCAGGAAAGGUUUCUUUGAGCUCAUGUUUUCGGAAUUGUCAGGACGUGCUUGUUUUGCUUCCAGGGAGACAGAACGUCAUGGAAGAGGAAAUAUACUAUGUAUGCUGCUGCUUACAGUCUGUAGUCCAACUCCCCAACAAUGGUCAGGAGCAGCUGUGAAUGGAAGUCCAAGGAUCUAGCAGUGGCUCCAUCCCACGAGGCAGCCAAAAAAGAGAGAGAGCUUCUAUUUCCAUUUUUAAAUUCUUUCAUAGUCUCUGGUGAGAAGUCUGGUGUAAUUCUUAUAGGUCUGCCUCUAUAUAUUACUUUUAAUAUUCUUUUACUGCUUUUAAUAUUCUUUUUUUUGUUUUGUGCAUUUGGUGUUUUGACUAUUAUGUGAUGGGAGGAGUUACUUUUCUGGUGCAAUCUAUUUGGAGUUCUGUAGGCUUCUUGUAUGUUUAUGGGCACCUCUUUCUUUUUUUUUUUUUUCUUUUCUUUUUUUUCGGAGCUGGGGACCGAACCCAGGGCCUUGCGCUUCCUAGGCAAGCGCUCUACCACUGAGCUAAAUCCCUAACCCCCUGCACCUCUUUCUUUAGGUUAGGGAUGUUUCCUUCUAUAAUUUUGUUGAAGAUAUUUCCUGGCCCUUUAAAUUGGAAAUCUUUGCUCUCUUAUAUACCUAUUAUUUUAAGUUUGGUCUUUUCAUUGUAUCCCAGAUUUUCUGGAUGUUUUGGGUCUGAUGCUUUUUGAGUAUUACAUUUUCUUUGACUAUUUGUCAAUGUUUCCUAUGGUAUCUUCUGCCCCUCUCCUCUAUCUCUUGUAUUCUGUUGAUGAUGCUUGCAUCUAUGACUCCUGGUCUCUUUCCUAGUUUUCCUAUCACCAGGGUUGUCUCCCUUUGUGCUUUCUUUAUUGUUUCUAUUUCCAUUUUUAAAUCCUGGAUGAUUUUGUUCAAUUCCUUCACCUGUUUGUGUUUUCUGGUAAUUCUUUAAGGGAUUUUUGUGUUUCCUCUUUAAGGACUUCUAUCUGUUUGCCUUUGAUCUCCUGUAUUUCGUUAAGGGAGUUAUUUAUGUCCUUCUUAAAGUCCUCUAUCAUUAUCAUGAGAUGUGAUUUUACAUCCAAAUAUUGUUUUUCUGGUAUGUUGGGAUAGCCAAGACUUGCUGUGGUGGGAGAAUUUGGUUCUGAUGAUGCCAAGUAGCCUUGGUUUCUGUCGCUUAGGUUCUUGUGCUUGCCUCUCACUGUCUGGUUAUCGCUGAUGUUAGUUUGUCUUGUUGUCUCUGAUUGGAGCUUGUCCCUCCUGUGGGCCUGUGAGCCUAUGAUCUUAGAUGUGCCAGCACUUCUGGGAAACCAGUCCUCUCAGGGUGGGAUUUGGGUGUGGAGAGCUGUGACACAGGGUUAGCUCCAGGAUGCAGAUGGAGACCAGAAAGAUCCUGUCCCUGGUGCGGUUCCUGUGCCCUGUGUACUCCGUUGAGUGACUCUUUGGCCAGUUAUUGGAGAAAAGAGGUGGUGUCACCUGUGAGUUUAGGAGUUACAGCACUCCUAGGAGGCCAGCUCUCUCCGGGUGGGAUUUAGGUUCAGAGGGCUGUGGAACAGAUGGAGACUGGAAGGAUUCUAAUUUUCAUUAGUAGCUUUACUUGAUCGCUGUGAGAAUUCUGGACGUCCUGGUUGGACAGAAUAUCAAGACAUGAUCUAAUCUGAGAUUGACACAUUAUGUUCUUUUUUUGGUUUAUAUAUUAGGCUACUUUUAAUAAAUAAUAGCAAAUAGAAGUUUUAAUAACAUAUCUUUGUUGACAUGAAAUGAAAAUAAAUUCAUAACAUUUGUGUUUCUAACACAAAACUACAUAAAUAUAAAACAUUUAUUCUUGUUAUUUUUUUAGAUAAAUUAUGACACUAUUACAAAUGUGGUUGGCCAACCAGAGCUUCCAGGGACUAAGCCACCACCCAAAGACCAUACAUGGACUGACCCUGGACUCUGACCCCAUAGGUAGCAAUGAAUAGCCUAGUAAGAGCACCAGUGGAAGGGGAAACCCUUGGUUCUGCCAAGACUGAACCCCCAGUGAACGUGAUUGUUGGGGGGAGUGCAGUAAUGGGGGGAGGAUGGGGAGGGGAACACCCAUAUAGAAUGGGAGGGUUAGGGGGAUGUUGGCCCAGAAGCCCGGAAACGUUGAAAUGUAAAUAAGGAAUACCCAAUUCAACAAAGAUGGAGAAAAAAAGACACAUUAUGUUCUAUGGAACCCAUUUUCAUCCACUCCUAAUGCUAGGAGGUGGGAGUCUAUUUACAUGGGAUACUCGUGUCAGAGAGGUCAGGUGGGAAGAGAAGCUUUGCAUGAAUAAUGGCCAGAAAGUUCUAUUAUAUUGAUUUUAAUUCCACCAAAAUAGUCCCGCAGCAAGGAAGGAAUUAGUUAGAUGGGGCUCACCAAUUAUCUAUCAUCACAGAAAAUACUUGCCUAGUAAGAGCACCAGUGGAAGGGGAAACCCUUGGUUCUGCCAAGUUUGCAGGUCCCGGUUAGGUCAUUUAUCUAACCCUGUAACUGCCUUACUAAAAUUCCAAUGCUGUUCUUGUGUGCGUGCAUUUGUGUAGAGGUCAAAGGGCAACUGCCAGUAGUUUGUCCUUUCCUUCCAUUUGGCCCUGCAGAUUGAAGCCCAGUCAUGAGUCCUGGCAGUAACUGUUUUUAUCUUCUGACCUAUCUCUCUGGACCAACCAUGCUCCUCAGGCUUCCUUCCAGCAUCUUAUGUGUAAGCUAAACAUCGAUCAAGUCAGGAUAUUCCUUUGGGAAAAUGGACACAGCUACAGGCCUCUCUGAGAGACAUCAGUGACAUUCUGUCACAUACUUAUUACUCUGCAAAGGAGAAUUUCACCAACCUUGGAAAAUAUCCCAGAGUGGAGUGGGAACCAUAUAUUAAAGAUUUAUAAAAUGGACUUUGAAAUUUCAAUCAUGUCAAUGAAGACAGCUUUCCUUCCCCUCAGCUCACAGGGACUUUCCCUGGCUCGAUCUGUCCUCAUCCCCAGGUGGCUGUGGGGAAUGCAAGCCAAGCCCAGACUUGGGACCCUCACUUCCCAGCCAUCCAACCUGAACCCAGCUGCAGAUUCAGUUUAGUGAACCCACAGAUGAAUUCAUCCAUCACUGAUGUGUCUGUGGUCUUUGAAAAGCAAUAACUGCAAAUAUCUGAACUAAUAUUACUUUGAAAUUGAAAACAUUGUAAAAGUGGCAAAAGACUAGGUAGAGUACACUAAUUUUUCUUUGACAUGUUUUCUUUACUUUUGAAAUUUUUACUCAUGUAUGAUGAAAUAAGAUCAUAUCUACCCAAGAUUUCCCUCCUCCAAAUUCCACCAACAUUUUUAUAAUUUUUCUUCAAUAACUUGCUAAAGCCAGUUGGUUUGUCCUAUAGGUACAUUGAUGUAGGGCCAUCUGCUGGAUCUUGGGAAGCCCACCAGAAGCAACAGCCUCAAAAAAAGAAUGAGUUUCUCUCCUCUAGGAAGUGUCCACUGCGAACAAAUAAUGUCUCGGUAAGGGGUGGGAUAUGGGAUGACCUACCCUUUGGUACAGAAUCUGUACCAAGAUUCUGGCUGGCUGGAUCUUGUAUAAAUAUUCUGCAGGUAGCCACAGCUGGUGUGAAUUCCCACCUGUAAUAACCACCUCAUGUUCCUAGGACAGAAUCUCACAGCACCUCUCCCCAUUUUCCAAUGUAUACAUUCUUGCCCCUGGAAGAUUCGGAAGCCGUUCUUCUCUCCCUUCUUCUUCAUCUUUGGACCAGGAUGCCUGUGCUUUGUCCUGCCUGGGCCAUGUCCGGUCUGCUUUGGUUCCUUCACCGAUCUGACUUAACAGUCACAUCCUUCCUGUCUUCUUAGACUGGCCUCCGGCUCGAGCCGCUGGGAUGUGUCUCUUACUCUGACAUUGUGUAGACCAGCUUUGACAGAAAUGCAGUUCUUGCAAACCUGCUUUUUAGAAUGCUCCAUCGCUUCCAUCUCUUUCCUCACAACUCCACAGUUCUGUCAUCUCCGUUUUUAGUCAUUUAUUUGGCACAAGGCCUACCACUAACCGCGCUUAUACUUCUGUGAGGUCUUAUGAUUAGGACAUGCACACCCAACACCCAAAUGACCAUUCAAUACAAUUGUUAUGUACUCCUCAUCAAAGUAUUUGAUCAAAUGAUCUCAUUGUUGAAGUACAUGAAUAAGUGACUUAUUAAAGGAAUGGUGGGAGAGGGUGCCAUCUCAGCUUUGUGCAGCCUGAUCUUAAUAGAAGAAAACAUUCAUUCAUUUUUGUCCAACAAAAUUAUCUCAUUUGUAUAAUUAGAGAGUCAUUAAUGAAUUUUUGUUGUACAACAACACUAGUCACAGAAGCCUUUAUUAUUUCAGUCAAGGGUAUGCUUUGCCACUUCUCAGCACCUGAACCAGUGAGUCACAGUGUAUCCAUGAUGAAUUCCAUUAGUCCAAUAUUCGGUUAACUCAGUAUGAAAGAAAUUGAGCCCUGUACAGAAUGAGGCAACUGGAGACUUUUAAAGUACAAAUUUCACACCUUGGAAAUUUUGCAAAAUAACAACUUCUAUUUCUCAUUCAAAAAAGUUUUAGUCUCCUGUUUCAAGGAGUUUGAUUUAACAACCUUCAUGUCAGGACAUUUCUGAACAACAGAAACUUUUCUCUGUAGGCCCCAGUAUACAGAACUGUUGUUUUCACCAUCUCAAGAAGAAUACAAAGUGCAGCCAGUGUGGUGGCUCACCAGUUAACAGUGCUUAUCACCAAGCCUGACCACCUGAGCUUGAUUCUCUGACUUCUGUGCUAGAAGUAGAGGCCUAACUCCCACAUGAUGUCCUCUGACCCACACACACAUGCCGUGGCAUGCAUGUACCCAUACAUGUGCAUACACACACACACACACACACACACUUCUUAAAUUAAACAGAAAUACUAACUUCUCAUCAGGUCCUGUAGACCAUGGCUUCCAUCCAGACCCUGAUCUCCCAUGAUGUCCCUGUCUGGUACCACUUCGGUGCCACACCCCACUUGCUGAAAGGAACCACUCUCCCCACUGCCAUGGCUCUGCCUCACUUGUCCUUAUUCCUGGGUGUAUUAUUUUGAUGGAUGGAACUGAAACAACUUGCCUCAUUUGUCAUAAAAAGGCCAUUGAAAGACCCUUGUUCCUUCCACUGAGUGUGCACUAGAUGCUUCAACACAAAGACAACCUAGCCACAUGUGUCCCAAAGCCAACAGACACAUGUACCCCUUGCCUGUGGUCUGUCAUGGUACUGGCAGCAGAGACUGCUCAAGAAGAUAGCCAAGGGGCACCAAGAACCCUGAGCUGAGUGGCUAAAACCCUGCGCUGAGCACCUAAAAUCCUGAGCUGAGCAGCUAAAACUCUGAACUGAGCACCCAGAAUACUAGCUGACCACCCAGAACCCCGAGCUGAGCACUCAGAACCCUGAGCUGUGGGUGUCUCCUUUCCCUAGCCUGAGACUUAAGUUUGCCUUCCUGAUAUGCUCAAUGUGUUCCAAGGAGAGGACCUGGGGUUUGAGGGCAGUUUCUGACAAUAUUCCUGAUCACUUGUCUCCACAAAGGGUGAUCCACAGGCCCUAAAACAGCUGCAUUGCUGGAAGUCUGCUGGGAAUCAGUGCUCCAAGCCUUGGCAUCAAGGGUGGGCUCUGGAAACAGGUUAGGAAGUCUUCAGUGGAAUUCUAAGUAGGCCUGGCUCCUAAGAACUGCUGCAAAUUAUUCUAAUUUUGGUGUCAGAAAAGAAUACAUAUUAUUUUGGCAAGCAAUGGAAACCUUCGUUGUAGGGCUAUGAAAGGGAGUCAAGACCAGCUAUCUCAAAUCCUUUAGUGGAAUGACCUAACUGUCCACAUUUUCUCAUUCCUUAAAGUGGAACCGUGCAGUCAUGAUCCCUGAGACUGAGGCAUGGAGACAUCCACAGAAAGCUAACCCAAUAUUUACCUUAUGCUUUCCUGAUAUCAGACCACUUGGAAUAAAAGGACAAUAUAUGCAUGUAUGUACCAUUUACUAUGUAUGAUUUGCUGACCUGAUGGUGUUUACAUAUUAUUUAAUCUCUCUACCCAUUCUAGGAUACUCCUACCUUUCCCACUGUUAAGUGCACAAAAAGGUAGAGUUGGAGAGGACUUCACUUCCAACCCUAUGCCAAGUGUACAGCGGGACAGCUGUUCAUGCCAGCCCUGCACUGAGAGAUUCAGAGUUAGAAAAUGUCCUUACAUCACGUUCCCUGACGUAACAAGGAGGCCAGUUACAAAUCUGAUUGUAUUAAAUAAUUUAUGGUGGUAUAAUCUAAGAAAGACUUCCUGUUUGUAAAGGAGUUUAAAUAAAAAUGAGACAGGAAAUUCAAACUAUUUUAUUCUUGUUAUUAAGGAAGUGGAAUGAAUUCAUAGUCAUGGCAUGCACACUCCAAAGCUAACAUGCUUAAAAGAGCACCUGUCCAGUUCAUGCGUCAGUGGCCAUUACUGCAGCUGUGGGAGAACAGACAGUAUUUUGAGAGCUAGUGUAGCCACUACCUGCACUCAGUAAAUUAAAUCCCUGCCCCGCUGUAGAAUUACCUCUGUGCCCACCACAUCUGAAAUUUUCCAGAGCUGACACAUACCCAUCACCUCAGCAAUUGCCGAACCAAAUGGAUGACAAUGACUGUGCUCUGAAAAUGUCAUUCCAUUCAUUCAGUCCUCACAGAACUGACCUUUCUUCUCAGGCUGAGGUCCCUGCUGACCUGUACAGUGAAGCUUUUCCCAAGCUCUGAGCCCAUCUCCAGAAACCCUGAGCACCCACCGGUAUAGGAGUUCUGAGGACUGAUAGUCCUCUAGACUUGCUCCUUCUAGACCCUUGUGCUUGCUCUUGUGAUCUUUCCCAGAGCAGACCUUCUCUAGCUUGAGCUGUAUCCAUCAGCUCAAGAGGGCUGUUGGUAGCCUCUGGAUUCCCUCCUCACUGACUGCAUUGUGCUUAUCACUUUAGACAGGAGAGAUGGUACCAGGCUGGGGAUAUUGCCCCCACAAACACAUGGGCCUGAAUUCAGUACCAGAACUAAUAUAAAAAUGCUAGUGACCCAAUCCUGUAAUCCCAAUGUCAGGGAGGAAGGGACAGGAAGAUCCCUAGGGCUCACUGAUCAGCCAACAUAGCCUGUUUCCUACUUGGUGAAUUCUAGGCCAGUGAGCCACACACGCACAUGCACUCAUUCAGACACAUGCACAAAGCACUACCUUGGCCAUGAGGAUGCACUGACCUCUCAUCCUUGCAUAUUCGUGAAUAUUUUGCAAUGUUACACUCAUUCCAUUCUUUACCUUCUCAUUUGCUACUUCCUAUGUAUAGAUGCCUUUUAAUGGCCACCUUAGAGUCAAGGAUCUUAGGCAUUUGAACCGUGCUUUCCCUUGGCUUCUGCAGUGAUCAUGCAAAUAAUCUCCCCUUUCCUUUAGAGGAUGCAACUCAUUAACAUGAAGAAAGUAGCAAAAAGGAUUGCAGCAAAGUUGUUCAUGGCCCACGGGUAGACACGUGCCGGUUUUCCAUAACUUCUAUAGGAUGUUGUUUGUAGGGUCUGUGCCUUCUGUCCAGCAUCCUGUUGGAAAUUGUCACACAUGUCACAUUGCUCCCUAAGACUUCAGAUUAUGCGUAGCACUUACCAGCAUUCUACUUCCUAAAGGUGACACACACUGGGCAGCUCACAACUCCUUAUAACUCCAGCUUCAGAGAUUACAACAUCAUCUUCUGGGAUUCUGUGGGGGACUUGCACUCACAUAUACACACAGACACACACAAAAGAUUAAAAGCAAAAUAUGUUUAAAAGUCUGCCUCUGAGGUAGUACAAAGUAGGUUUGAACUAUCUUCUAGACAAUCAUAAGAAAUCCAAUAGCUUUAACUUUUUCUUCUGUUUCUUUCCUCUUCUCCUCCUUCUUUUUCUUCUUCUUUGAUAAAGGUUUAGAAAUUCAUGAGAGGCUAGGUGCUAGGAAAGGAGUCAAGGAAAGAAGUGCAGGGUGUUUAGGUGGGAACAUUCUGUACAGGUCAUUUCUGAGCACUGUCAGUAAGAUUAUGAAGUUAAGUGAGGCAAACUUAAAGGCCAACUACAGCCCUCCUCCAAUGGAGUCACUUUCUGAAGGGCGUGAGGAAGAGAGGAAAGCCAUGGUCAUUAUUCUGGUUGAACUCCUGUGUGUCUAUACUGGUUGAGCUCCUGUGUGUCUAUACUGGUUGAGCUCCUGUGUGUCUAUACUGGUUGAGCUCCUGUGUGUCCAUACUGGUUGAGCUCUUCUGUGUCCGACCACAAAUGAGAUGUCACUAUUAUUGUCAUUAUGAUGAUUUUUCAAAAGGGGGAAAACAUUCUCAGAAGCGUUGAGCAUCUAUAGAAGACUCACAGAAGAGCAUAAGGACUGUGGUACAGCUCAAUUGCCAGUGUUUGCCUAGAUGCAUGAAGUUCUAGAUCCCUUCCAUAAAAGUGAUAUGUUCUAAUUUCACAUCUGUCCCUGAUGAAAAAGCAAUAUCAGGGCUUAUGUGGUUCACCAUUCCAAGUUAUAGCCUGUCGUUUUUGAGAAAUCAAUACAGGACUUGAAACAGUCACACCACAUCCACAGUUGACAGCAGAUAAUAAUGAAUGCAUUCAUACUGGCCUGCCUGCCUACUUGCUUGCUUGCUUGCUUGCUUGCUUGCUUGCUUGCUUGCUUGGUAACUUUCUUUACUAUUACAUAGUUUACAGCCUAACCUAGGGAAUGAUGCCACCCACAGCAGGGUAGGUGUUCCUCUAUCAACUAACAAUGGAGAUAACUUCACACAGACAGGCUCACAGAUCACCCUGAAUCUAGAUAACUGCUUCUUAUUCUAGGUGAUUCUAGGAUGAUUCUAAGUGAUUCUAGGGUGCGUCAAGUCCAUAGUUAAAAUUUACCAGCUAGCAUGAGAUGUGGUGGCGAACACCUAUGAUCCCAGAGCACUGAGGCAAGAGUGUAUGGUCAUCUUUGACUACAUACCAAGUUUGAGGCUAGCUUGGCUACAUGAGACCCUGUCCUCCCCUCUCCCAAAAGAAUAUGGAGCAUGCCUGCCUACAAAACCAGCUUCCUCCUCUGCCAAUGCCUCCCUGUAAGCCACUGAGAAAAUUGAGCAGCAAUGAAUCCUACUUCAUUUGAAUACCACUAGUAGUUACCUCACGUUUACUGACAUUCACAGGGAUUUUUAAAAAGCUUUCUUGAAGUUAAAAACAAAAGUCAACAAAAGCAGGGGAAGAGGUCUAACUCGGCCAAAGCAAAAUUCUAUUUCACCUCCUGCUCUUUUUCUGUCCCUUCCAACCCCCCGACUCCUUGGAAGAAGCUGAGUUCUGAAUUAUGGAAUAGAGCAGGUGCAGGGUUCCCUUGAAACACAAGAUUCACAUAAAAAUGAAGAAUGUGUUGUCCUCUUUCCUAGUCUGUACACAAAUACAUCUAUAUUUUACUCAUAAUUGGCCUAAAGAUAAAUUGGACUAGAAAAAUAAAGUGGCUUCCUAGGCUUACUUCUCAUUUUAAAAGGCCUGUAGCUGCUUUAUUCAUGGCUGGAGUUUGUUUCCACCAGCAGUUAAUUCCUGGGCUUGCCCUCCUAUGCCUUAAAUAGAGAAGGUACCCACUGUUCUGAGACUUAACAGGGUCUCCACCUGAUGACAUCAGUCUUCCCAACCACGCUGAGACUUAUAGACACAACAGUGGCCAGAGAAGUAAGAGUUAACACCAUGUAUGACUUUCCCAAAGUAACAUAUUAGAGAUAAAGGGGUGUGGCUAAGCACAAGACCCGCCCACUGGGGGGUGUUCUGAACACCUGAAUGACAUUCACCCUCCUUAGUUAAUUACCAAGAAUUUCUCUCUUUCUGUGUUCCUGAUGGCUGACCCUGGGUUCCUGUCAGCCCUCUAUUCCUAUGCUGCCUGCAUGGUGGCUUUCAGAGCUCCUGUUCUAUCUGUUAGAGACGCUGUUUGCAUGUUCCCUUUUUGUGGAGAGCUUUCCUCAUGCCAUUCUUUCAGUUUCAUCCUGAACUGCAGGCUACCCUUUCCCCUGGAGCAUAACAGUGCCUCCUUUGCUCAGGGUCCCUGAGAGGAGAUGUUAUCCCCAGCAGCAAGGAAGCUAGGAAGUCUUAGGAGCCAUACAGCUGUCUUGCUUCUGAAAACAAAACAAAAUGGGAUCUUUUGAUGUUAGAUUGAUCACGAAUUUUUUUGAGCAAUAUAAACCUCUCUGGCUACAUUUGCAUAUGAAUAGAUGCUUUGGUGGUGGAAUCUUAAAUAAAAGUCGCUCUGCACAGGAAUUGAAGCCACUUUGUUUCCUCUGGAUUUGCUUGAUACAUCAGUGCAGAACACAUGGUGUAAACUCCAUUCCUGCUCUUAGCACGCAGAUGCUCACAUGUGUAAUUAGUGCCUCAGAGAAGCCUAAGUUGGCUCCAUUUUCAUCUUUGUCUCAUUGGAAUCUAGUGUUAGCCCCUGCAGGCUGGUUGAGGAGCUCAACAGAAAUCAGGGGUGCAUACAAGUCCUUCCCAGCUCUCUCCCUGUCUGUACCUCUGAAGAAACCCUGUUUUCCACAGGUACUGUUUUCCACAGCAUCUUCAGAUCCCAUGUUCAUCAUCUGCAUGAAUUGCAGAAGGUCAGAAAGAAGGCAGGGAGGGCAGGCAGCCUUUCCCCUUGGAAGCCCAUGGAGCCCUUUUGUUUAUAUUCCGCUGCCCAGAAUCUAGUCAAAUGGGAAGUGCUGGCUGAUGGAGAGGACUUGUUCUUGAGAAAUAGAGCCAUCGAUUCUGCUAUCUUCAAAGCACGUUACUAAGGAAAAAUAGUCUUGUCAAAACUGAGCAAAACUCAGAAAGCUUAGCCCAGGCUGUCAAUCUUAAACUACUGUUAAUUUCCCUAAUGAAACCCUUUGUUUUGUAUAGUUUAUAUGCACUAGUACAAAUGUCUAAACUAUGUCACUGGCUUCUGAGCCAAUGAUAAAGGAAAAUAAACGUCAAGCACAUGCUUUUCAGGUUUUCCUUAAUAAUCUGAUUGUUAUCAUUACCACAACAGAACCCACGAUACGGACAGAAAAAAUCUCUUCGGGGAGUGUCCGAAGUGUGUUCUUCUGUUUUGGCAUUUAGCUGAGAUGAGGAAACACAUUCACCGUGCAUUUUCUUAAGUAAGAAAAGGCCAGCAGGACUCAUGGCCCCUGGCAUUGGCAGGGCACAGAUCCCUCACCCUUUUUGUGAGCCUUUUCUUGUGUUGUUCAGAGUCAGAGAACUAGCUAAACCUCAAACCUCCCCCACACCUUCCCCUCAGCCAGGAGCCCUUUAAGUGUGUUCCCUGCACAGCAGGUCCCCUGCCUCUGACCACUUGGUACUUUCACAGCCUGCUCUUUCUUUGGUCUGUUGGGUAAUUUCAGUUAGGCUGAAAGAGCCACAACUCUGCUCAUUCCCAGCUUCUCCAUCUGUCCCGCAGUGCUCGCUGGGAUAUUAUAUACAUCUGUCCUUCAACUGGGUUUUAUCAAAUGUCUGGAAAUGAAAAAGAAAUUUAUUUUCACUAUAGCUGCACUAAUUGUCCAGCACACUUAACUGAGCUCCAUCACACACAGGGCAAAGGAAAUGGACUCAAAAGCAGUCUGAUCAUCAUGAAGUCAGGGCUUUGAUACAGUGUCAAUGGUACCAUUUACAGCAGACAAUGCAAAGUCUAGAGAGGUCAUGGGAAAGAGACUGACCAGUGGUAUGGGAAUUUUAAGGCUUUCCACAAGGAUGACAACAGUUUGAAGCCAGCAGGCUGAUCUAAUAUCACCAUCAUGUCUGAGCAGAAACUGCUUAUUCAUUCUCUUGCCAACACUAAGGACGUCUCUGGCUCCUAGCCGGAGUUGAUAUCUUGCUUCUCCAUGAUGACAAGGUGAACAACAUCACCUGCUUGACAGAGAGGGCUUCUGAUCCUUCCUGCCUUUCAGAAUUCCUGUCUUGCUCUGCAACAAUGUCUUUGCUUCUGCUUAGUAACAUAGCCAAUGACUCCAGCUCUGUGCACCAACCCAGCAUCAGCUGAGGUGAUCUGAUGCACAAGUCUACUACACGGUGCUACAGAAAGGAACACUUGGGGCUAGAAUUUAACACAGUGGCUGAGAACUUGCCUAGCAGGCUAGAAGCCCCUGGUUUGAACCACAACUCUGCAACCUUAAAAAGGAAUACUUAAUGAGUUAUAACUUUAAAGGUAGCAAUUGGUAUCUCCUUUGUUCAAAUUUUUUACAAAGGAAAUAAUUUCUAGUGUACAGUUUUUAUGGAAGACUAUAUUUUGCAUAAGCCCAUGCUGAUAGUAUAUAACAACAUGAAAAAUGUGCUCACAACAUGCUAAGCAGAAACCAAAGGCAUGGAAGAAAUUUGGAGAGAGCCGACUAUUUUUAAAACAUGCAGGAGGGGGGCAUGAGAGGGGAGGGAGUUGUGUGUGUGGUUCCUAGAUUUUGUAUAAACACUUUAAAUCAUGUGAAAAUUAGAGUGAAACUAUCUAGGAAUGCAAAGACUCCUGGGAGGAGGGACUCAGGCACCCCAAGGGCAAGGAGGGAGUGCAUCCAACCACAACACUUGUAUCCUUGUGCGAACAUUCUUACUUAACACAAUAGCAUGUGCAAUGAAUGUAUUUAAGAAGAAUCACUUGUUAAACAAGUGAUUGUAAAAUCCCACCAGAACAACAACAGCAACAGUGACUGUAGAAAACAUUAUAAAAUAUUAACAGAGUAUCUAUCUGGGUGCUGGAAUAGGGAAGGAUUUUUAAAAAUCUCUUCUCUGUUCUUUGCAUGUCUGUUCUUUGCCAUUCAUUAAACCUCCCCAAACCAGUUGUUUGAAACAAUCUGUUGGGGGAGGACAGGAUACUUUCCUCAGUGACGUUGCCACUGGCUGGUAAGCACUUAUAAAUAACCCUUCCCCACUCUCCCUUAGUAAUCUGGGAAACUCAUUUUGUUACAAACAACAGCAGAAGACAAAGUAGAAGGUAGAAACCUAGAAGGUAGAAGAGGAGUUCAGCAGGAAUGGGAGGGGGACAGAGGCUGUAGUCAGGUGGAUAUGACCAAAAUAUAUUAUAUACAUGUAUGGGAAGGCUACAGUGAAACCUAGUAUGCACAAUUGGUACAUACGAAUAGGAUAAUAUUACAUUAAAAGGUUUUUUUUUUUCCAAAAAAACUAAAACUCAAUGAGGAAAGUGUUCAGUCCGGCUAAAAAGGAUGCAGUUCCAAACCUGAGAACAAAAAGAGCCAUGGGAUUCAUCCAAACAGAACAACUCAGUGGAAUUAUGGCCAGAAAAGCCAGGCACAGGACUUCCUUGCUGCUGGUAUGGCUUUAAUUAAUACUAUUAAAGUUCCUUCCCCGGCAAGGCACGGAGAUGUUCUGACUGCCUGAGUUUAAAUGCAACAUCAGCGAUAUUGCCUCAAGAAACUUAUGUAACCAUGUUAGGAUCGCAUUUUAACAAUGCCCAUUAAUAGCUCUGGAGGCUUCAGAUUAAUAAGCAAGUGUGGUGCCUCUGUGGAGAGAAAAAUCUGAGGUCGGCAUUCUUUUUGUUUACUGGUGCUUGGCUGCUUUCGGGUGCCAGUGAGGACUGUGGGUGGGGUGAAGGGGAGAAAUACACAGUGCGCCCACUGGUCCUAGGAGCAAUAGUGUCAUCUAUAAUUCUACAGAAGCGGGCAGCUCCUGUGGGAAGGAAAGAUUGCCGAGCUCUGCCUUCACCUGUGCUCCCCACAUCCCACUGUGCUUCUCCACUCUGCAUUCAGGUUCGUCUGCUCGUCCAUCUUCUCUGGUCAGAUGACAACCAACAGUACUCAUCUCCAAACCCCCACCUCCUGCCUUAGACUUUUUCACGUUCCUAAACACAAGACAGGGAAGACAGGCCUGGGGCAGAUCUUUAUACAGAACCCGUACGGAGGCUAACAUCCUACAGGAAGGAAGACACAGCACCUGAGUUCUGUUGCCAGUUCUUUUGUGACAGGAGACCACUUUAUAAAUUUAGGGUGUUUUCUGUCCCAAAUUCAAAGACCACCAGAACUCUAGCUCUGAACAGAGAGAGAGACAGAGAGAGGGGGGCAGGCAGAGACAGAGAGACAGAGACAUACUAUAUAAACCAAUGUGCUUUGGUUUUCCUGGGUGUCAGUGCAGUAAGCUAAUAACACAGAGAAUCUGAUUAAUAGCACUUCCUUAAGACAGAUCCCCUCUCAGUUCUCACCACACACUUUCCCCAAUUUACAAGCUAUGUUUGAUUAUAACCUUUAAAAUACAGUUAUUGUUUCAAAGUAAAGAAUGCUGUUUACCUUGAGUCUGGAAUGACCUGGUGUUAGUUCGUUCAUUUUGCAAAGUCUACCCACUGAGCAUACCUAGUCAGUCAUUCUACUGCUGGGCUCUGUUACUAACCCUGUACUUGUGAUUAGAAACAAGUUCUUUAACCUUCCUAAAACUCUUUGCUUAGCUGAAAAGAAUCAAACAAAGACUUAUAGUUACUUUUAUAGUUAAUGUGGAGACUUUGUAUAAUACAGUAUAGAAUCAUAAUAUGUAAUGCAGUUAAUGAUAAUUAUAACUAUCAAUUAAUGGAAACUAUAAUCAUCACAAUCACCACCAUCAGCAUUGAUAUCAUCAUCAUCAUCAUCAUAAUCAUAAUCACCACCAUUGUUAUAAUAAUCAUCAUCAUCACAAUCACUACCAUCAUCAUUUAUAUAAUCAUCAUCAUCAUCACCACCAUCGCCACCACCACCAUCAUAGUCAUUAUUAUUGUUGUCAUCGUGCUUUUGCCUUUUGAAGGCUGAUUCUUCUGCAACAGUGUUUAAUGCUCAGAAAUUGCAACCUGACUUCUAAUAGGUGAAUGUUGAGCCCGUGGAACCAAAAUGUUUGUCCCAUCCACCCUGUUGGGUAAUGUGUGAGAUCCUCUGUUGAAUUGAAAAAUCACCUAAGAAUAUGUUUGCGGGAGGGAUUUCUGUGUCUCAUAUCUGGAGAAGCCCCAUGCACUCAGACGCACCAUCACGGGCGUCCAUUCACAUAGUUAAUGAAGCAUAUCAAAUAUUGCCCAUUGAUUAUUUUCUUUCUGCCCAUGCAAAAAUCUUUUUAUUGCUGUUGUCGUGAUACUUCGAAAGGUGGCUCCUGAUACUAGGGAGAGCCUGGGCCAAGAAUCCCUCCAGCACAGAUAGAGUGCUUUUUCUGGAUGCAAGUGUGUGCUGUACUAGUUCCAAGUAUCCCUUUUGACGCACUCCCAGGUUAUUCUGGAUGUCCAGGAGUUCUGAAGUUCUUUCUGAAGUUAAGACCAACCAUAUCUUGAGCCAUAUCUGAGUUUCUGACCUUUAAGUAGUCUCAGAAGCCUGUGCUCAAUUAUUCAGUCACCACACCCUCUUCUUUUGCUCUUGUUACCAUCCCACACUCUUCUGUCAGAACUUUCCAUGGUAUAACUUGUCUCUUUGGGUUUUCCUCAGUCUUUACUCUUGACCUUUAAGAAACAAGGAAUUUCAGUUGGGACCAAAGAAAUCUAGCUAUAGUCCAGUGAGUUCAGAUUCCUCAAGUUCGUGACCUGUUCCUUUGUCCAAUUAUGGGCUCUUCCUUCCAUUUCCUCAACUGGGCUGUUUUUGACUGUUAGAUAGGUACAACUGGUCUACCACAGAGGAAGCUGUAGCUCAUUCAAGUUCUUUCCCUACUCGGCAUCACCAGUCAGUGCAGUUUGGAUUCUCAAUCUCAAUCUCAAACACUUGGUGCUCCAUUCACAACAGAUCUCAAGAUUAGAGCCUUGAAUGAGGCUGGAGACAGCAGAGGGAACCAAAUGGCACAAGGAGGCAGAUGAAGUAUAACAUGAGACAGUGCUCACGCCACAUUUGUCUUGAGAGCCAAAAACUUUUAGCUUUGCUUGAGGUUGUUUUUAUCUUGGUUUGGUUUUGCUUGUUUGCUUAUUUGUUUGUUUGUUUUUGUUUUCGCCAACAAUAAAGAACAUGCAGAUGUAUUUUAUUCUGGAAUCCGUGAGGAGGCAGAAAAUGCACUGUGUGACUUUAGGUGGUAUGGUGAGGCUAAAGGGUGAAAGAAAGUGGUGGCAUGUGUCAGAGAAUUCCUGUCAGAACUGACUGGCUGAGCGAUCAGCUGUCAUGAUGUAGUGAUGACAGGAAGCAAGGUAUGGGGCUGAAUAAAUGCCCGUGGGAUGCAGGAGGCAGGGUUUCUUCCGGACUGAGGUAAAAUAUGUCAGACAUUGGUUGAGUCUCCCCGUGUGCCAUGCCCUCUGCUGGGCACAGUUGGAGCUGUCCAGAUGCAGACUCCCCUGGAAACUGUAGUCUCAUUAUGGAGACUGACAUACUAGGACUUUAUACUUACCAUUGCCUUAACCCUUAUCACACCCUUGAGAAGCAGGCAGCAUUAACCAAAACUGAACAAUAGAAAUUUAGAAGAAAGUGGUUGGGGUUUUUUUCCUAGCAAGGGAUUUGAAAUGACAUGAAUUACAACCAAUGUUGUUAAUAACUGUUCCUAAUAUUUUCCCACAGUUGGGGUACCAGCUCAGAAACCUGAGUCAGGAAACUUGAACCAGCCCCCAGGUUCUAAUGUCGCAGCUUCAGGCUUUAACAGGGCACUAAAACAAGCAUUCUAGCAAUCUUCAUUCUACUGGCUCUCCCCGCAACCUGGAGAUGUGAUAUGAGAAGCAAAGGUGGGCCAUGAGAGAAAAAUAGCAAACUGGUUUCCAGUUGUCAUGUGCCAUGUCCACAGCAGACUAAAACUAGAGGUGUUCGCACUGCCAGCAUUCCAUGGAUUUUCUGACUUCAAAUACGGUGGGGAAGUCUGCAGUACAACAGGAUACAAAGACAAACAAACAAAAACAACAACAAAAAGCAUAAAUGAUAGGCAGCCUUGCACUGUGAGAGGAUGUGGGGACAAAUUGAGAGUCCUCAUCCUGCAUCUAGAGAGAUGGCUCCUCUAGUAAAGUGUCUGCCAUGCAAGCCUCAAGGUCCAGGUUUGAUCCCUAGCACCCACGUAGCAUGGCUGCAGCAGCAUGCAGUAGUCCUGGUAACAAGGAAGUAGAGACUGGAGGACCCUGGGGCUUGCUAGCUAAGAACCUAACCCAAACAGUGAACUCCAGAUUCAGUGAGAGCCCUGUCUCAAAUAUUAAAAAGUGAGGACUGGAGGAAGACCCUGAUAUAGACGUCUGGUUUCACAUACAUAAAAACACAUACACACACACACACACACACACACACACACACACACACACACACACAGGCACACACACAUAAACACACAGACACAUACAAACACAGACACACAGAUACACACAGACACGUACACACAGGUACACACACAGACACAUACACACAUGCACACAUAUAUACACAUAGACAUAUACAAACAUGCAUGCACACACAUAUACACACAUAUACAAACAAACACACAUAUACACAUACAUACACAAGGGUUCUGGCUGGGAGACACUUGGGUAUAUAAAGGUUUCUAUUUUUUUUAAUAAGAAACUGCUCAGAGUGCCUGAGAGUGGGCAUACAUUAAAUUCUUGGGGAGUUACAAGAAUUGCCUUACAAAUUCAGCAGCAAAGAGCUGUGACAGUCAUUUAGAGAGCACUGCUGGUCUAUAAAAGAGCUGUGGUUAGACCUGAACAGAAAUGUGGGCUGGCAUUCCCUAAGGCCUGGGCCCUACACCAUGCCAGACUUUUCCACACUUCCCAUUUACUUCUUACAACAUCUGGGUGAGAGACUAAGCUUCACCCCCAUUUUCACAAAUGAUGAGCUGUUUGAAUCUAGAAGGAAACUGGUAGGUGUUCAAAACUAGAUCCAAAUCCAAACCUCAUACCAUCGCUGGACUUGCACUGAGGUUUUGUACUUUCUGAAGUUUCAUAGUUUGAUUGAUUGUUUGUUUCUUAUCAUUUUUAUCUUUAUUUUAUUGUGCUUGAUAGAAUACAAGAAGUUACUGCAGUUGUUCUAUCUUCUGAGGCUUGCUGCGUAUCUUAAUAGAAGGGCUCUUUAAAAGGAAGCUUGCAGGGACUGCUGAGAAUUAAGUAUCUGUUAGGUCCAUUUGGUCUGUGGUUUUUUUAUAUAGAUAAUUUUUUAAAUGUUUAUUUUAUUUUAUUUAUUUAAUGUAUGAGUGCCCUGCUGUAUAUACAUCUGCUUGCCUGAAGAGGGCACCAGAUCCUAUUAUAGAUGGUUGUGAGCCACCACAUGGUUACUGGGAAUUGAACUCAGGACCUCUGGAAGAGCAGCCAGUGCUCUUAACCACUGAGCCAUCUCACCAGCCCCUGGUCUGUGAUGCUAUUCAACUCAGAUAUUUCUCUGAUUUGCUGAGAUGAUCCACUGGUGAAAUUGGAGUAUUGAAGUUACUUAUUAAUACUGUGUUGAGAUGAAUCUCUUAUUUUACAUCUUAGGAUGUCUGUUUUUAGAAAUCGGGUGCUUUCAUAUUCAGGGUAUGUAUGCUUAGAAAUAUAAUGUCUUCCUGGUAGUCUCUGAGACAGUAUGAUGUGGUCUUUAUCUCUUCUAGCAAGUGGUAGGUUGCUCUGUAUUACCAGGUAUUUGAACAUUGGCACCUCCAUGUUCCUAGGCACAUUUGCUUUGAAUACAUUUCCAUCUGUUUACCCUGAGUAGCUCUGUCAUGGAUGGCAAGGUCCAUUUCUUGGAUGCAACAAUAGAUGUACCUUGGUUUUUAAUCCAUUCUGUAAUCUGUCCUUUGACUGGGUAUUUGAAACCACCUAAUCUCCAGAGUAUUUCUUUAAUGGUGUUUAUUGGUUCCGAGUACCCGGGCCUCUAUAGUGAGGGCCUCAGGGCCUAUGAUUCUUCUUGAACAAACUCUCCUCUCCCAGACAAGGCUGAAUUCAUGCUUCCCAAAUGUUGCAAAGCUCUGAGGACAGUCAACUCCGAUCAUGUGAGAGGGUAACUGUUUCUCUGACAGAAGUGCCUGUUGGUGCAAUUCUAAAACUUCUGAUAUACCCUGCUGGCCUUACAGUUUGGAGUGGCUCUUGACAAAAGUACACUGUGCUCACCUAGGCAAUUUCCUGCGUCUACCCUGCUUCAUCCAUGGUGGCUCAGACUGCACCUUACACAGAAUGAGUCCACGGAUGUCUGUGGUAAUGACAUUUUCUUUGGCUGGAUAUUUCUCCUGACAAUUUUGUUGAUAUAAUCCCGUUGAAAGUAAAAGUUUCUUGACCUAUAAACAUUUGAGAUAGACAGUUUUAUUGGAAAGCUUUAUCUGGUCCUCUUUAGGGUAAGAGUACCUAAGCUUUGCCAGGGGAACCUAUGUUGUUGACAUAAAAGGUGAGAGGGAGAUGAUGCAGUAUUGGUAGAAAUAAAUGUUGUGUUGAGAAUCAUGAUGGUGCCUUUUGUCUGCCCAUCUAAGAAACCCAGCCUUGCUUUUCUUCCUCAUACAUAAUGACAGCAGUGGGCACAGAUGUCACAAGCUUAAUAUCACCUCCUUAUUUAUCUCAUGGUGGUUCUUCACCAUAUGGUAGCUUGUUUACAGAAUCCAGACUGACCACAUCCAGCUUCCCAGCGAAUCAGCUCCCAGUGAGCAGGAACUCAGUUUCCACAUCUAAAUACGAUAUCAGGGCAUCAAACUAAUUGAACAAAAGGUUCCUUUCUCCUCACAAUAAUGUGUUGCAGACUAAUUAUUACACAAUUUAAUAUUCUGAAUAAAUGAAUUAAAAGCCAGAUUUCAUCUUCAUGCAUCCAAUUCAUUAGAUAAUUUCAUUUUAGAAAAUGGAAAUGCCGAUGUGACUCAUUGUGUAACAUGCGAACAGUUCGCCAAUUAACGCAAGGUAUGAGUGUUUUCUUAGCUAUGGCUGUCCUGGAAACAGUACUUGUUUUCCCAAAUGCAGAGUGAUAGCUGGAUACUCCAGGAGCUCACCUGGGUCGACACAGAUGACUAUGCUAGCCUAGUGCCUUCACCUAAAGCCUAAAACAACCUUCACAUUCUAUAAGUAGAAAACCAAGCAUGGUUCUGAAAGGCCAGUAAAGAGUAAUCAGCUCUCAUGUGGUAUUGAGAGUGUUUGGUAUAAGACACUGACUGUCAUAUGAUCACCCUAGAGGUCAGUCUUUUUUGUUAUAAAUAUUGCCCAGAGGAGAAAACAGAGAUUCAGAGCAUAGUCAGGAAUUGCUCAUAGCUCAUAGGUAACAGAAUCAGAAACCAUGUCUCCUAGUACCUCAAUAUUCUGCUCUUUUAUCAAAUCAGCUGUAAUUAACACAAAAAGUCAGGGAUGUGGAGGAAGCAUCAACUGAAAGCUAACUCUUUGAGAGGUUCUAACUCAUGUCACUGCACACACUGCAUACUGUGUCCUUGUCCCUGUAAAGGGUCAGCUGACCUCCAUGGGCUAGUGUGGGACUGGGGAGACCUAGUGAAUGGGGAAACCUACUGCUCUGUCACUGUCCUCUCAUGUGUGUGCACAGAGUCCUUUGUCUCAUGUGCCUAAGCAAAGAAAGACUUUGAAGACAAUGUGUAAAGAAGGUUAGAUCACAAAGAUUGGAAAGAUGAGACUCCAUCAUUCACAGCAAGACACCUGCUCAGAUCCUGGGGGCUUGAACAAGUGCAAAGAGGGAAUAGACAGAGGUCUGGCCCCUUCCCAGACACCUUUACAAAUGGUAUCUAGAGGCCGUUGCUCAGGCAACUGCACGGCUUCCCUCUUCAGAGGCACUUGGUUAGGAAUGGCAAAACUCAGCCUGAAGAUACCCAGUGCCUCCAAACAAUUGGAAACAGAUAGAGAUUCAGUCCUAGAAAGAAGCUGUCCCUGAAAAGGAGGUCCUGCUUUUAGAGAUGCAGAAAUGGCUGUAAUGACUAUUUUCAGUUGGGUGGCCACUUUCUUGAAGGUUCUAUAUACAAGUAGGAGUUGAGAUAGCAACAACAUACGUCUCCAUGAGGAAAAGCAGAGUGGACCUGGUGUUUAGACCUUCCCUGCCCUGCUGAGGAAGAGAAGGAAGAGGAAGAAAAGGAGCUUUUUACCCCAAGCCGUACUGUUCCCGAUCACAGUAAUUAUUGUUACUAUUGGAAGCCUACGCUUACCAGAGUUAUGGAUGAGUUCACAUCCAGGCCACACUACUUACUAACGCUGACUUUCACAUAAACAACUUCUCAAGUUUUUACUUCAAUAGAAUGAGGGACAUGGGUUUCAUGGCUGUGACUUCUCCUUCAUAUCUAGAAGGCACUACACCAGUAGGUGUCCUGAUCCCCUAAUCUUAGCAUCUUUCAGCCUCCUUGUCCUCGCCAUUCCCUGGCCCUUAGGUGGAGAGGUUAUGAUCUAGAUGUUUAAAGUGGAGCUGGGCACCCUGUGAUCAAUUCUCUGCAUUUUGACAAGUUGUGGGUCUCUCCAAUAGCCACUGUCUGCUAAAAAGAAAAGAAGGAAGGAAAGAAGGAAAGAGGGUGAGGAAGAAGAAGAAGAAGAAGGAGAAGGAAGCUUCUCUGAUGAGUGGUGAGAGAGCCACUUAUCCAAGGGUAUACAGAUAGAUAUUUAGAAGACAGAAUUUAUGUUGACAAUAGAAGUAGGUUCUCUUCUUGUUCCAUGGUCUCUCAAGCCAUGAACAAUUUAGACUACAAUGUACAAACAAGAUCUGUAUAAUAACAAAUACUGGACUGGGUGAUGUGCCAACUUGGAUAGAGAAUUUUCACAAGUCCCUACCUUUAGAUGAAAUACUGUGAGUAAUCAAUGGCUGAGGGAGAAUCAGUCAGGGUUGUUUUGUUUUAGAAUGAGCCCUUGAUAUGUUAUUUGUUUUCCAAGUAUUUACCCCUAAACAAAUGUGUAUAUAAGCAACGCUAAAUAGCUUCUGUGUGUGUGUGUGUGUGUGUGUAGCAAUAAUUAUAAAAGAAGAGGUUAUGAUUUUGUGAGAGAGUGAGGGAACAUAGGAGAAAGGGAAAAACGAUAUAAAUGUAGUAUUUAUGAUUUAAAUUCUCAAAAAAGCAUUUUUAAAUGAGAAAAACUUAUCAUUAUGGGAGAGUAUGAGUAUUUUGUGAAGUAGUGUGUGUUGGGGGCUUACCACACAUUGUGUUGAAAUACAAAACAGCAUCAGUAUUGCAUGGCCCCCAUCACAGGAGAUAAUCAAGCCCAUCAAACUCUAGAGAAUUUGGAGCUGUAAUUGGCAGCAAUGGGAAUGUCUUGUUUAAGGAGAAUAAUGUUCCAGUAUGGGAAAGUAAAAUAGUGGUAGACAUUGAACACCAAUGAGGCUCACACAGUGAGUGACUGUGUUUAAUACCACUGAGUAGUCAUGUACCAUGGCUAAUAUAGUCUGUAUAUUUGCAGUAAAUAAACACAUAUUUACCACAAUAGUUGACAUUCAGUAAGUAACAAAUGUCAUAACUCUGUGCUCCAUCCUUUUUAUAAUUUUAUCAUAUGCCAUUUUGUACUUUGCUGCAUCUUCUCUGUUUACCACUACCAGGAUGUGCCAAUCUUUCUUAAUGCGCCAGCCGUCUUCCCUGCUGCAUCCAGUCUAUCAUGUCACUGAAUGCACUUUUCUUUUGCUUUCUGGAAGCAGAAAGCUGUGUGUGUGCUCUCAGAAGCAUAUUUCUUUUUGGAUGCAAGAGGCCAUAUUUAGGGCCAGAACCAUGACCCCACAGAAAUGCAACAUAAGGUACUUUAAUGUUCCCCUCGAUGAGGAGAAAACACCUCUAAAAGUCAGUCUCUGAGGACUGAACCCUUACAGUUCUCCAGGAGUGCUAGCUUGCUCUAAAUAUGAAAAUGAAAAUGAGGUACAGGCUGCUAUUCUCAUGCAGGGAAUUGGAUACCACCGAGAAAAUUCUGUGUCUAGUGUGUAACCAGAAGCCUGUAUGGUCCAACCCAUGUGCAGUGACAUUUCAUAGAAACAUCAGCCAGGUGUCAUAGUUCUAAAGAAUGCUGUUGAUGAUAUUGAAGCUGCUGACAAUAGUGAGUGAGGGACCCUGUGCCUCUGCCCUCACACAGAAAACUUUCCACAUGUCUCAUACUUUCUGGGAAAACCUCCCACUGACAUGGACUGCUCAAAUCCACCUUCCCACCCAUGUUCUGUUCUCGCCCAUCUCAAGCUCACCCAUGCCUCACUGUCCAGCAAACUGCCUUGUUUACCAAGUCCAAGGCCUUUGUAUUUAUCUGUUUCCUCUCCACACAGUCCCAGAGAGAUAUAACCAGGCCCCCUGCACUGACUGGUAUUCAACAAAUAAAGGGUUUCAUUUCUCUCCUCAAAGAUCCCCAUGGAAACAACUUCAGUCCUGCACUUUGCAGGACUCGUGAGGCCCCAGGGCUGAGUGCUUCUGACUUGUACUCAUGAAGCACUGUUUGGCAACUUCAUUUUACUUUACAUCAACCCUCCUAGGACAGUAAACAACAACAACAAAACUGCAUGAUCUCAUUCCUCCAUAAAGAGCUUACUAAGUCAGGGCUUACUAAGUCAGUUCAUGAGGCAUACACCACAAGAUGUUGACGUGCUUUUCCUGGCUACCCAGACGUGUCAGGUCACUCAGCAUGGGUCAAGGGAGACUUAUGGUGCACCUGUCACUUAGCCAUGGCUGGUGAGCAUGUGAGCUGAAAUUCUGGACUGUAAGUAAUGGAGGAUUGUGAAUCUCUAAUUCUUUUGACCUUCAUGUUGCUGCAUAAAUGAGUGAGCAUGGAAAUUGAGGGUCUUCCCCGAUCUUUCUGUGCAUCUAAGUUUGCCCACAUCACAACUCAAAGCCCCAGAUUCACUUCCUUCAGGCACCCUUGAAGCUUUAGUUCCUUAAACAUACUCCACUGCUUCUCGUCUAAACAUGCUGGGUAUCCUGCUCUAGCUCUUGCUCUAGCUCUAGCUCUAGCUCUUAUUCUUGCUCUUGCUGUAGCUAUUGCUUUUGCUCUAGCUCUUGCUCUAGCUCUUGCUCUAGCUCUUGCUCUAGCUCUUGCUCUAGCUCUAGCUCUUUUUCUUGCUUUUGCUGUAGCUAUUGCUUUAGCUCUAGCUCUUGCUCUAGCUCUAACUCUUGCUCUAGCUCUUGCUCUUGCUCUUGCUCUAGAUGUAGCUCUUGCUCUAGGUCUUGCUCUUGCUCUUGUUCUUGUUCUUGCUCUUGCUCUUGCUCUAGCUCAAGACACUGAGGAUACUUGUGAACACUAAUCACACCAGCUUCUGUAUUUCUGACCAGGUAUGGAAUCUGCAGUCUAGGCAAGUUCUUAGAAGACGGGUAUUUCUGACCUGGCGAGUACCACUCAGGUAUAUGAAUCCUUUACCAGCAUUAUCUGAGAAGCUUUCAUCCUGUAUUCCAGGGCUGUGUAGUCUUGGUCUCUUCUAAAACAUCUUCUUUCUAAAAGAUACUUCAUCAGUGAAAAAUUCUCAUCCUGGAACUUGUACCCCCACAAUGAGAAGGUUGUGCUUGUGGGAAGGCAGAUAUUACUUCCUUUGGGCACGGAACUUACUGAAGGAACAGAAAUGCACCAAGUCAAAGAGGGGGUGUAAUUUUGGCAGCACAAAACUGCUUUCUCCCUGUCCUUGAUAUUUUCAAGCUGCCCUAUCAUGGCUCUGGAUUUACCAUCCCAUGAAGAUGACACAUAUUAUUUACAGAUAAGUACAUCUCUCGACCUUCAUUGGAGAAGCUUCUUUUUGAGGAGGCUAGUGAUAAACACUGAGGCCCACCCUUACUAAGAAAUUGCCAUCACACCCUUCCUCCUAUGGGUCAUUAUGGAGGAAGGGCACAAAGGGGUUGAUCAAAACACAUUAUGUACAUGUAUUAAAUUCUCAAACAAUAUAAAAGAAAACAAUUCUAACAAUUGCUGCUUCAGAAUAUAACCUCUAAUGUGGAAACAGGUGACUGCCAUGAACAGCAAAAGAUAGUAAGACUAAAGCCUAGGGAUUUAAGACAGACAAGUCCAUGUCCCAUUGGAAGUAGCCAUUGUAGAUAUGACAAUAUUUAUACACUGGAGAAUGUCUCAAGUCAGCUGCUAAGAUGUAGGUGUUCACAUCACUCAAGAGCUCCUACAUAUGAGUGAUCAGCCCUCCAAGGAGUGCUUCAUUCCUUGGGAGCUUAGCCUCCCUUGCAAACUGAAGCCCUGUAAAUGAGUAAUUUCUUCUUGAAGUAGUAGUGGAAAUAUUCACCUGUCUUCAUUUGUUUCUUUGUCAUAUUUUCCCCCAUAGGAUAAUAUUUUUGUGAGAUAUAUUUUUGAUUUGGUCAUGCCAACUCCAAUCAUUGCAGAUAGUUUCAAAUUAUCUCUCUCUUACCUACCAAGUAUUAAGGGAUGGUUUGGGAGUUUGAAGUCUGCUCUACCUGUAUGACAGGGCACUUGUUAAAUCUACAGACUCAUGGGAUCCUUUGAAGAUCCUUUGUACAAAUGCUGGCUGUGGGAGAUUAGCAGGUUGAAUGACAUUGGGACUCUUGUGCCUCCAAAUUAGGAAUGGCCAGCACACCUGAUUUAGGAUCCGAUUUUGGGAUAGUAGAGGUGCAUGCAAAUGCACAGGUGGUGGGGUUGUGAAGGUACUGGUUCAGAGGUGGGAGCACAGAUACAGAGGUAGAGGGUAGAAAUGCACAUGCGGGGUGUGGAGGAGCAGAUACACAACAAGUUAUUUCUUUCUUCCCUCUUUCCUCCCUCUUCCUUCCCAUGGUGACUUCCCUGGCCUCAGUCCUUGGGGCCACUGAACUCACUUGCCUGAGAAUAGCAUCCCAAUAAACCUACAUUUAAUAAAAUCUAAUCUAGCUUGAGUUGGCUCAUUUCACUGGUGGAGAACUAACUUAUCAAAGAUCUUUUUAAACAUUAAAAGGUAUUAUUAGAUUAUUUAAAGAGGAGGGAGCCAUUAGAUUCAAAGCUUAAAUUAAAAACCAUAAGCUUUUAAUUCAGUAAAAUAACAGCAUUACCUGAAUGCUAGGGACUAAUUUAUUUUCCUUAUUAACUUUUCAGAAUACAAGAAGUAACUCCCCUUUUACAAAGACGAAAAUGUCUUCCUCAUUCUAUAUGCUGACUGCAUUAUGUAGAUAGAUCCUAUCCAAGGAGCAUUGACAUCUUUUAUAAUAGGAGAUAGCAAAGUAGGACUGGAGACAUGGCUUAGCGGUGUAGCUCUUACAGAGUUUGAUUCCCAGUACCCACACAGGAAAGCUCACAACUACCUGCAAUUUCAGCUCUAGCAAGUCAGGGCCCUCUUCUGGCCUGCACAGGCAGCUGCACACACACACACACACACACACACACACACACACACACACACACACACACACAUGGAUACUUUUUUCAUAACAUGUUAAACAUUGUCACUUUUUCAUGUUAAUAUAAACUCAAACUAUCAUCUCAAGGACACAGUCAUAUAUUUUAGGGCUGGGGUGAAGCUUCUCACCUCAGUCACUCCCUCAGCACCCCCAUUUCAUAGAAAAUAAUCCCAGGCACUUUUGUAAGCAUGUUUACUUUCUUGGGGCUGAUUCAUAGCCAGUUGCUUAUGCCAAAACUUAGCCCUUUGCUACCCAAAAUGCUUUAAUUGACAUUUAACCAUUUGUAAUGGAAAGGCUCACAAACACAGUGACUCCAAUUUAUGAGAUUUCACUGGUAGAAGAAAAAUAACCCAUGUUAGCAAAUAGUGCACUUAUUUAAUCAAUUGCUACCAUAGAGGGCAAUCAAUUUCGGAGGUGGUAGCUGACGGAUAAUUAGAGUAUUAGCAUUGAGCUUUUUGUGUACUCAGCAAAACCCCACAAAAUCAUAGCAGCAUGUGGCAAAGGGUAGAUUGAUAAUCUGGUUAAAUGCUUUGUCUUUGUUUGUGCUGUAGCAAUGCUGCGUGCUUGAGUUUUUACGGUGCAUCAGUGGGGAGAAUAUAAACUUUGAAGAAGGCAUAGCUAAAUGCAAAUUCCAAGGCUCCCUCCGUUCAGUAAUUUUGUAUUUACUACAGAAGCCUCACUCAUUGAACAAAAUGAUAAGGCCCAUUUUUAUUGUGUCAAUUGUAUGAGGAUUGAUUGAGACAGUAUGGGGAAGUCUUUACUCUUCGGGUUGCAGAACACAGGCCUUCUGGAUGCCAAUUUUUUCUACUGUUUUCUUUCACAGCAGACAUUUCAUGUAACCCCUGGUUAAGCCUAGGCAGCCUUUUCAGUACCUUCCACCUCUCCCUCCUUCCCUCCCUUUCUCCCUCCACCUCUACCUGGACCCUCCCUUUUCCUCUCUCUCUCUCUCUCUCUCUCUCUCUCUCUCUCUCUCUCUCUCUCUCUCUGUGUGUGUGUGUGUGUGUGUGUGUGUGUGUGUGUGUGUGUGUGUGUAUCUUGUUGGUCCACUUGUACAGAAAUGUACUAUAUAUCAAUGCAAAUUGUGCCUGCAUCAAAUUUGUCCAGAGUAUCCUGAAGAGCCACAGCUAUGUGUAUGUGCCUGUGCCUCCUGUGUGCAUGUGGGGUGUGUGUGUGUGUGUGUGUGUGUGUGUGUGUGUGUGUGUGUGUGUGUGUGUGUGUUGUAUCCGGCUCAGACUAGAGAUGGUUGCAGCCUGCCUUUGAAAUCAAACCGGUUGUGCUUUCUGCUGUGCUCCUUGAGAGCCGGGCCAAACUGAGCAGCUCCAUCCAGCUAACACCAGGAGGAUAGCCCCUUUGUUUUUUAGGCCCCAUUGGGUCCUUCUGUGUACUCGGACAACUCCCCCAGAUAGAGAUGAUCUCUUCUCCCAUCAGCAUGUCAGGGUGAGGUACAAUUGCAGUGCUCAGAUGUCAGGAGGUAGAAGCAGACUGCAAGGUCAUUGAAGGUGGCUUGCUGAGCUGUAAGUAGAUCAGCACCGUCUAGCAGCAAAACAAGAGAUUCACCAAAGUCCUGUUCAGUCAGAAUCUGUGGGAUGUGGCUCCCCAGGUGCUUCUGGUGCUCAAUAAAAAGCAGAAGCACUUUCAUCAGUAAAGGGUCACCAGCCCCUUACCACUUCCCUCUCAACUGAUGCCAGGGGCUCCUUGCUUUCUUGAUACACCUGGAACUAUGUGAGGGAAUAAUGCUGAUGUCCAACAGAAUUAGACAGAAUUGCGGGGAUGGGAGAUUGACUUGAUUGUUACAGUGCCUUCCUGACUUGCAUUCAGCCUUGGGUUCCAUUGUCAGCAGUAUACCAACAGUGUGGUGAUUACAGACAUGUAUGUCUGUAAGUCCAGCAUUCAGGGAGGGAGGCAAGAAGGUCAGACAUUAAAGGUCAAUUUCAGGGCAAACUAAGCUAUGUGCGACCCAGCCACAAUUAGUUAGUUAAUUAGUUUAUUGCUUCUAUUACUGCUUUACUGAUGUUUCUAGUUUCAAACAUCAGUGUAGUUUCCUCUUUCAGUUAAAAAUUCAUUUGAAGUGCUUGCUUUCUUAGUAAUGGACUUUUCACUGGCACUGAAAUUAGAGUUCUCAAUAAAAGGAGAAUUGUGCCUGGCUGCCCGACCUCUAGUCACUUAAUCUGGGACAAGCCUUCUGAAGAGCCAGCAUCAGCAGCAUCAGCUCUGCCAUGGGUGACAGUACAUGUGCACACAGGUUACACAGCAGGGAAUUACAGUUAUUUCUGUGAGUGGGUGUUAGAUGUCCUGGAACAAGAGACUCUGGAUGUGCUGACAGGAAGAAUACUCAUGGGCCUGCAUCACUGUCGCCUUAGAAACAACACACUGUAUGUAAUAAAUGUCUGCCACCAGGAAACAUUAUAUAUCAUGAGCACAAAAAAAAAAAAAAACACUGAUUCAUGAUGUCACGUGUCGGUGGAGCCUUUAAAACUUAGUCUUGCUAGGUGUGGUAGCAUUUAUCUUUAACCCAAGCACCUGUGAGGCAAAGCCAGAUCUAACUAGCAAGUUCCAGACCAGCCAGGGCUCCAUAGGGAAACCCUGUCUCAAAAAGGAUUUGCUCUAAUGUAAGACAACAGAAUGAUGCUUAGCAAGACCUACAGAGAGUGGGAAAUAUUAGCCAAAAGUUGGCAAAGUUCACCUAGAUAAAGGCAUUGCCGUCAGAGAGCUACUGUGCACAUUAGUGACUAUAGUCACCAGCAGUGCAUAAUGUUCUUCAAGUGGCUGAGAAUAGAUUUUAAGAGCUCUUUCCCAAAUAAGUAUCUGACGUGACACACUGGUAUGAUCACAUUUUUAAAAGUCUAUGCUUGUGAAUUUCAUCAAAAACAUGGGUAUUAAAGGUUUUGACUUUAAAGGAAAUUCAUUUUUCAAAUCUGAAUAUAAGAAUCAAAUCAAAUGAUAUUGGAAACUGUCCCUGUGGCUUUCAUAAUGUCUUACCCUGCAUAUUGUUGACCCACCCUCAUCCCUAAAGAUCAUAAAGUAGAAUCUGGAAGCAUCAAACAUUAUUCAGCAUCCCUGUGUUUAAAAUAUUAAAGCAGAUUUUAGGUCAAUUCUUUCCUAGUCGAGAAGCUUAUAGGGUUCUGGAUGAAAUUCAUGCACACACUCAAUCCAAACCAAAAAGCAGCCCAACAUCACCAUAGACCAUCACUGUGAACAUGUCAAUCAAUCCUCAGAGACCACACAACAAAGCCGGUGCAGUAGCAUAUGAUUGUAAUCCCAUUACUGGAGAAGUAGAAGCAGACAACACACACACACAACACACACACACACAAACACACACACACACACUCUGAAAAAUAUUGAAAGUCAGGAAAUAGGAGCUGUCUGCCCUAGAUCAACCACCAAUCAACUCAAUGACCUUUAUUAUUGAAUAGAUAUUUAUAGGUCUCUGUUUCCACCUCCAGAACACUAGAGGGGAGCUGGAGACAUGGCUCAGUGGGUAAAGCAUUUGUCAUGCUUAUUUGAGGACCUGUGUUCAAGUCUCCAGAGUGAAGAGCAGACAUGAUGGCACAGGCAUUCACAAUCCCAGCUCUUCUAGGGUGCGAUGGGAGCCAGAGACAGGAGAGUCCUCAGAAGCAUGGAAGCCACCUGUCCUGAUGUCCUGUCUGCAGCAGUGAACAAGCGUUCCACCCCCCUCACCCCUGCACACGCUCAAACAAAAUGGAAGUGGAGUCAACACUGAGAGUCAUGCAUGCACCUGCACUAGGACUAACACCUGAAUGUACACCCACCCACCCCCAAGGGGUGUUCUUCAUUCGUGGGCACACCUCAUAUACACAAAAAUUUGAGGGAAAAAGAUUGCCUAGAGAAAUAUGCUGAACAAAUAUUCUCCGAGAUGCCUGAAACCCUGCCCAAACGAUAGUGGCCUUGUCACUUCUCAUGGGAAGACAGAUAAUAACUUACAUCUUGCUCACAUUUAGGGACAUUUUAUGAUCUAGGCGAGCUAGAGAAAAGUAACCUUUGUGUGUCUCUACAUGUGUUUUUUCCACCCAUUCCUUUCUCAAGUAUUAUUAAAGGCUCUUCCUGGAACUAAAGACAAGACAGAGCUCCCUUCCUGGAGGAGGGUAGCAAAGGCAGGCAGAUCUGCAGAUUUCAAGAAAUACUGUUUCUUCUUCAAAAUUCUCAUGUGUGCAAGAUGACAUUUCCUCUCUCCCCAUUUUAUAGCACAGAUGAGACUCUGAAAGGUUUGAAUGAGUGUCACUUGUUUACACAAAAAAAAAAAAAACUGAAGAACACAUAGGACAGGAAAGGCCCUAGACAUCGAGAGAGCCAGCAGGAAGCUGGCACCCAAGUCACUGGUCGCCACAAACUGCAGCACAGUUGACACCAGUGCAGCCCUAGGAUUCCAGUAGGCGGGCAGAGGCUGGCAUCCCAGAGCCAGGGGCAUGGAGCAUUCUAGGGGGAUAGCAUUGGCAACCAGGGAGUUAUCCUGUGCAUAAGAAGAGCCCUACUACAGGGCUGGGUUAUGCUGAACAUGAAGCUGCAAGAUGGAAAUUAGAAACUGCCAACGACAAAGAAGCUUGCACAGGCAGCUGGUAUCACACAGCAAACAUUGUAUAACACACACUAUGUAUGAUCUAGUAGUCCAGAGUGUGCUCAAAAAUCACCCAAACAUUUAAAGUCUCUGGUGCCCUGACAUCACCCAUAACAUCAGAUUCAGCUGUCAUUCAGCAGUUCCACAAAUGCCCCCCCAAGUCAGUGUUUCCUGUCCUGAGACCUUGAUUUGAGAACUAGAGACAGAGCAGAUGGGCUCCCUGACUUGAGCAUAUGGAGCACAAAACCUUGCUUUCAAAAUGGGGACUCCUGAAGAAGAUGACAGCUUCACGCCCGUAUUUCAGCCCCUGGAGGUUGUUCUGACCUGAGGAGCAGUAAAGCCCAGUAGGGACUGCAAGAUGAUUUUGUACAGGGUGCCAGGAGGAAUGAAGAGGAAGGAGGGACAGGUAGAGAUGACAGCCAGCUUGGGAACAGAUGUCACACAGGCUCAGGGUCAUCUGCAGGCUCAGUUGUGAGAGAUGGGGAAAGAAAGCAGGGACGGGACCUUAUACAGAAACUAAUCCUAAUAGCCAUACAUGAGAAUCAUCAUUUCUGCAAUGAUGGCUGCUCUGGCCAAUGUCUGCCACUCGUGUAUGUUAAAAAGGGGUGUCCUUUAUCUAAAAUAUAUGCUUUACCAUAAGAUGUAAUGCCACGAGUGUCCUAAUUUUAACCACAACUUAAUUAAAUGGGAACUAUAGAACAUGUAUAGUACAGAGCAUGACCUUUGUAAAUGCAGAAUCUGUUGUGCCUUUGAAGGCCUUCUUUUCUAAAGCAGACAUACAGGGAAGAGUCAGAAUCAGCGCUCUGCUUUCUCAAAUUUCACUUUAAGUAGUUAUCCAUCUGGAAUGUUCCAUCCUUGAAACUGGCCUAGAACUGACUUUCAUCUGCUGCCCCCUGCUGCCAGCGAGAAAAGCAACCCGUUUUUAAGAUUUGGAAAGCUAAGCUAUUCUUAAAAAAGAAAAUCAUAGCUUCUAAUCAUGUCAUUUAGGAUUAUCCCUUGUUUCAAGUAAUCCUUGACAUUACCCUUCUCCAUUAAAAGAUUAUAAAGGCUUACUGGGAUCUCGACAUGAGCCCUGUUGGUGUAGCCUGCUUCCCUCUUGCAUGGGAACUUAACAGACUUAGACAUGAAGGCUGUCCUCACAGCUGGAGUCUUGUUUGGACACAGGAAUGGCAUGGACAACUGCUGGCUGAGCUCAGUCAUAAGAUUAAGGAGAGUCACCGGAAGGAACGGAACCAAGAGCCUUGGAGUCGGCUGGGUUAUUUUACCCAAGGAAAAGGCUCUAGGGCUGCAGAUAAGGCUGUUGCCAUGGUGAUGAAGGAGAUACCGAGGGAGGAGUCUGCAGAAGAAAAGCCCCUCCUUACUAUGACAUCACAGCUGGUGAAUGAGCAACAAGAAAGCAGACCUCUCCUGAGCCCCUCCAUCGACGACUUCCUCUGUGAAACCAAAUCCGAGGCCAUUGCAAAGCCAGUGACGUCCAACACAGCUGUGUUGACCACUGGCUUGGAUCUCCUUGACCUGAGUGAACCCGUCUCUCAAACCCAAACCAAAGCCAAGAAAUCAGAGUCCUCAUCGAAGAGUUCAUCCCUCAAGAAGAAAGCUGAUGGCUCUGACCUCAUCAGUGCAGAUGCUGAGCAGAGAGCACAGGCUCUCCGAGGGCCAGAGACAUCAUCCUUAGAUUUAGAUAUUCAAACACAACUGGAAAAAUGGGAUGAUGUCAAGUUUCAUGGUGACCGAACAAGCAAGGGGCACCUCAUGGCAGAGAGGAAGUCAUGCUCUUCCAGAGCCGGAUCCAAAGAGCUUCUGUGGUCCUCAGAACAUAGAUCUCAGCCAGAGCUGAGUACCGGGAAAAGUGCCCUCAACUCCGAGUCGGCUUCUGAGUUGGAACUUGUGGCUCCAGCACAGGCUCGGCUGACCAAAGAGCAUCGCUGGGGAAGCGCCCUGCUCUCCAGGAACCAUUCCUUAGAAGAGGAGUUUGAGAGGGCAAAAGCAGCAGUAGAGUCAGAUACGGAGUUCUGGGAUAAGAUGCAGGCAGAAUGGGAAGAAAUGGCCCGGAGGAACUGGAUAUCGGAGAACCAGGAAGCUCAGAACCAAGUCACCGUCUCAGCCAGCGAGAAGGGUUAUUACUUUCACACUGAAAAUCCCUUCAAGGACUGGCCUGGAGCAUUUGAAGAAGGCUUAAAAAGACUGAAGGAAGGGGACCUGCCCGUCACCAUCCUGUUCAUGGAAGCAGCGAUCCUUCAGGACCCUGGAGACGCUGAGGCAUGGCAGUUUCUUGGUAUAACCCAGGCCGAGAAUGAAAACGAACAGGCAGCCAUUGUCGCCCUCCAGAGGUGCCUGGAGUUGCAGCCCAACAACUUGAAGGCUCUGAUGGCCUUGGCUGUGAGUUACACCAAUACCAGCCACCAGCAGGAUGCUUGUGAGGCGCUGAAGAACUGGAUUAAGCAAAACCCAAAGUACAAGUACCUUGUGAAGAACAAGAAAGGCUCUCCAGGCCUCACGCGGCGAAUGUCUAAAUCCCCAGUUGACAGCUCUGUCCUGGAAGGGGUGAAGGACCUGUACCUGGAGGCUGCCCACCAAAAUGGUGACAUGAUCGACCCAGACCUGCAGACGGGUCUUGGAGUUCUGUUCCACCUGAGUGGAGAGUUCAACCGAGCGAUCGAUGCAUUUAAUGCUGCCUUAACUGUUCGGCCAGAGGAUUACUCGUUGUGGAACCGACUUGGGGCAACCUUGGCAAAUGGAGACCGCAGUGAGGAAGCUGUAGAGGCCUACACGAGAGCACUGGAGAUCCAGCCAGGUUUCAUCCGGUCCAGGUACAACCUGGGAAUCAGCUGCAUCAACCUGGGUGCCUACAGAGAAGCGGUCAGCAACUUUCUCACUGCCCUCAGCUUGCAGAGGAAGAGCAGGAACCAGCAGCAGGUCCCUCACCCUGCCAUCUCCGGGAACAUCUGGGCCGCCCUCAGGAUUGCGCUGUCGCUGAUGGACCAGCCAGAGCUCUUCCAGGCAGCCAACCUCGGCGACCUGGAUGUCCUCCUGAGAGCUUUCAACUUGGAUCCUUGAAGGAAAAGAAAAGAAAUAAAGGAUAAUAACGCCUCAUCUGUGUUAUUAUACUAAAAAAGAGACAAAACUAUUUUAUUAUGAACUUCCAAAAAAGAAAUUUUUUAAGGAUUAAAGCUGAGAGUCAAAAGGCCAUGGUCAUAUAACCCAAGGGAAUUGAUUCCUACAGCCCCAGUCUCUGUUCAGACCCAAAAGCACAAAGUGAAGGCCGGGUUCCAGAGAAGAACUGAGAUCCUCAGGACAAACCAAGAUAAGGUAACUAUGUUCUCUUCCAAAUUGCAAGUGUACUUUGAGUGAUGCUGCCCCUAUCCCAGCCGGUGGCACAUCUAAGGGACAUUCGUGGGACAUAACACAACAAUCUGUCCACAGUCAGUGAACUCAGGCUGUCUCUAAACCGUCUCCCCCUUUUGAAAGACUGAACAUAGUUUGGGCCAUUUGCAAAAGGACAUGGCUUCCCUCACGCCCAUUCUAACUUUGACUGUAAGCCUUUGUUUUCAGAGAGAGAGAGAGAGCUUUGCUGGCAAAAGCAGUUUUUGCACUAGAAGUUUUUGCUGUUCCCAAUGAAAUCCUUUCUAGGGUUGUACAUAAGCACUUUACUAUGUUAUUUAUGCCUUGCCGGGCUUCUGACUUGCUGCUCCAGUUUCUAACUCGGGGAGGGGGAAGGGAGUGUGGGGUUGAAAGAUUUGAGAACUCAGAGUUGUUAGCUCAGUCAGUGGACCAAAUAAAAAAGCUAUAAGAAUAGGUUUUUUUAAGUGUAGGGUUUGGAAGGUGUGUUUGCACAGAAUGUAAAUAUGUUAGCCCAGUUCUCUCUGUGUGCUUCCUGGGAGUCCAUGGAUCUCGGAGGGAAGCAAAGCUCGGAUAGCAUUCUCCCUGCAGAGGGGAGCUUGGUGAUUCUGCGAUUUCUAAUGAGUUGUGUUGAACUGUUUUCCUAUCCUGUUUUCCUGGCUUUCUAACUGCCUUGCACAACGAUACUUCCUUUAAACCGUUACUAUUCCAAAUGGUAUUUCUUAAGCGUGAUAAAUACAAUGUUCCUAAAGUUGAUGUGUUUCCUGGGUUCCGUACUAACCCCCACUGUCCAUGUCCUCACAUUGUAAGUGACAGAAGGCUCACAUCUGUAACCCAGCAGCACAGAGCAGCAGAGGUCUCAUCUGGAAGAGACAAGUAGCACCCAGCGAGAGCCAGGCCUUCUCCAAUGGCCGAGAAAUCUGACUUAAUUGUUGGCCUUCUACAUAUUUCUCCAGAUUACUUGGUGGGUGUUUGGCACUUGGUGGUCAUUUCAAAAGAUGCAUUCAUUAAAAAAUUAGAAAAAUGUUGGCAGAACACUAACCAAAGUAACAUUUUGCUCAGCUCGAAUUCUAGUAAAUUACCCUAUUCUUCUUCCCUCUGUAGCCUGCCUGCGUCCAGAAUCAUCCUGAAAGUAGUUUCAUGCCCAUUGCUUAUUAAUAUCUCACUUUAGCUUCCAAACUUUGGGUCAAAGCCGAUAUUGACUGCAGAAUCAUCUACUAAUGAUAGAAAAUGUGCCAGAGGCUGACCUCUCUGCCACUGUGCCAUUCCCUGGAUUGGGGGAUGCCUGAAGUUCAUAGGUCACUACAAGUCCUUGAAGCUCAUCUAUCACACAGGCUUCCUGGCUCACGGGGACAAGGUGAUAAGACCACUGUAGUGGCCUCAACCUUCACUCUUCACUGCUAAUAUUCCUUAUGGCAGAGCAGUAGCCCCAGGUUGGCAGCAGGCAUUGGGAGGCAUCGGGGCAUCCACUUCUGGGCACGGAAACAAGUCACACACUUUCUAAUAGCAUCAAGAACAGCUUGAGUGUAUUUCGAAGAGCAGAAUUUUCUAGACUGUUAGAAACAGAUUGGGAAGACGUCUUCGGGCCAUACUGCAGACAGUGGCCUUGCCUGCUGGGACAUUGCUGAUAGUGCAGUGACCUUUCCUGCCUUCUUUCUCACUCCAAGGGUCACAUACUGACCAUGUGACUCCCCCAGAGACCCCUACAAGCCUCUGAACCAAGGGUUCAAAGAACGUUUCACAACUCUUCUGGUCCUAAUGCUCUCCGGGGCUCUCCGUGGCACCUGGUCUUGCCAGGAUGAUGACCCACCUCGGCCUUGUCGCUUCACAUGGAGAUCAGUCACGGCCCGACUGGUACAAAUAUGAGAAACCCGAUUUCAUUUUAUGAUGCUGAGCAGUGUCAAAUAUGGUGGCCCAAGGUCCGUGUUGCCAUCAGAAGACCAAGUCACUUCAAACUCCAGGGAGAUGUUUUAGGGGACAAUUAAGAGUGUUCCGCUCCACCAUGAGGGAGCAGUGUGUAGGACCUUAUCCACUCCUUCGGUUCUAUCCAUCACAGUCCAGAUGUUUAUAGGCUACCACUUGACAGGAAGUUCAAAGGCAUCACCUAAGAGGGAAAGAGUUGCUAUCCUAAUGAGAAUAAAAAAUAAUAACUAAAAAGUAAAACUUUGUAUAAAUAGAGCCCUAGCAGACACUAAGCAGUGAGCUUCAGUGUCUUCCUUCUCUGCUUCCCUCCCCACUCCCCAUGCUUUUUAAAUGCAGAACUGUUAGGGCUUCUCAUCCUCUUGGCAUGAAAUUGCCUUGUCUCUUUCCAUUUGAAACAGUGAGGCACUCUUCUGAGGCCCUCAGGAGAAGCCUGAGGAUGACAUUCAUUCUUGGAGAUGGCCUCAGUGGCUUCCCUGAACUGAUUCCUCCAGUAAAUUGGAUGAAAAUCCAGAGACCAUUCUUAUCGAACAUCUCUAUGCACAGAAGAGGCAGGAUAGAGGGAGACUGGGGGUGUAGCUCAGUGGGUACUGUGUGUCCACCACUACAUAAACUGACCAUGGUGGUGUACAUUGUAAUCCCAGCACUUGGAAAGUUCAAGCAGGAAGAUCCGGGAGCUUAAGGUCAUCCUGGGCUGUAGGAGGCGCUGUAGAGACAAGGAGUGAAGAACCUUCUAAAGGAGUCAGUCUCUGUGAUUCUGUGUUCUCUGCACUUCAUUCUGACACCCCUCCCAAGGACGCACCAGAAACUUUAAUAACUAACAAUGAAGUGCACUUUCUCAGCCAGUCUGAUUUCUGCCAGAAUUGGGUAGGAAUGUCCACGAUAUACGAUAUACUCACUCUCAGAUUAACAUACCAUUUUCAUUGAGAGGUUCUGUUAUGUUGACUUGUAGAUCGGUGUCCAUAGUCUUUUACAGGGAAGUCAUUCUGUGAUAUUCCCACCGUAUGGGCUAGACUUGACCAUAAUUGUGGCCCAUCUCACAGUUUCCAAACCUCUUAACAUAGAGUUUACCUGUGCCCUCCUGGAGAAAGCAGAGAAAAGAGGAUGCCCACUCCUCACUUGUCUCUGAAUUGCUUAGGUUGAAACGCACAUACAUUAGUGUUGAGAGGAGGGUAGGGUCUUUUUUCCCCACCCUGACGUGCUUCUAAAAGCAUUCUAGAAACCAGGUGUCUGGAAGAUUUAAUUUGUGUGCCACCUUUCUGAGACCUCUGAUUUUGGAAAGGGAUUCAGGGGCAACACCCAUGACUUCAACCUUGUAACAUAGCUUCACACUGGCUCCCCAUGCAGAGUCCCUACCCUACGUCUCACAUUGUUUAUAGGACUGGCUGAAUUAAGCAGUUUUGAACUAAGAGGUAGAUCCAUAUAUUUUUAAAGAGUGUUCAUAGAUCAACAAUGGCAUAAAGUUUGUAAAAAAAAAAAAAAAAGCAGAUCAACUAUGGCAUAAAGUUCGUAAAAAAAAAAGCAAUUUUUUUAAAAAAGCAAAACAUAUAACCUCAGGUAUAAAACUACUGCAUGCAUCAGUACUUAAAACCUGCCUAUGACUAUUAACCAAAGCAUGCGAGAUUACGUCACUGAAUGUGAAUUGGCCCACUCACGCCAAGCAUGACUGGUGUCAUAGGCUAGCUUGUGUUUCCAUUUUUCUCAACAAGCAAGCACCUCCUAACCUUGUUCCAGUUUUUUCUCUUUGCUUUUUCCAUCUCGUCUUUCUUGUAGAUCAUUGGCCUGCUAUCAUAUUGGCAUUGACCAUGGCUCUCAGGUUGGUUCAUACAUUAUGGCUGUCAGUCUCAGGCCCAUUCUCUGAGGGACUCAGGUACAGACGUGGAUCCUUGAAAACACACUUGAGGCUCAAUAGAGCUAAAAGUAUGAAAAGGCCACACAACUGUCACUGCACAAGAAGUUUUGAGCUUUAAAUUCUUAAUAAUGGAUUUCAGGUUUUCUUUUCAGAAAGUUUGGGAAGAAAUAGAAAGCAUUUGGGAUUCUAAACUAUCUGGGAAGGUUAAAGUGAUGACACACACAUGGAGAUUGCCCUAAGCAAAGCAGACAUGGGCCCUUAGUUUCCCAUUGAGUGGUUUGUCACAGAGUAGCAUGUAAAGUGUUGUUCAACUUGCACGGUCAAAGUCCCUCUCCCUUCAUAAACUCCAUUUGAUCAACCUGAUCACAAAUGCUCAAAUUUGGGGGUAGAAGAUGGUUUGAUUGUCAGUGGAAAUGUCAUUUCUGUGACUUUUUCUGUAACUCCAAUUUUAUGAAAAGGCCAGGAAAGGAGUGAUUUAAGCUCAGUUCAAUGAAGCUGGUGCUGGGGUCAGAGUUCCAGGGGUACAGUGCUUACCUACCAUGUGCAAAGCUCUGGGUUUGAUCCCACACAGCAUUCAACUGGGCCUGGUGACACCCAUCUGUAAUCCCAGCACGUGGGAGGUAGAGGCAGGAAAAUCAGGAAGUCAAAGACAUCCUUGGCCAUACAGAAUUCAAGGCCAGCCUGUGUUAUGUAAGACACUGCCUCGAUAAAUGAAUAAAUAAGGCCUUCAGGUCAUAUGUGAAGAAUGCCCCAUGCCCUCCAGAGACAACCCCAGAGUCUAAACUACCUUUCAUACGCACACAGAGAGGCCACGUAUGAAGAUGUAAACGGUUAGAGCAAAGCAAUAGUAAAUCAAAGUGUGAGGCGUAAUAGUCUCUCACACGGCGUGAGGAUGCUCUGAUUGCUGCAGAAAUACCACAUGACUGAGAGCAGUAAGGGGGGAGAACAAGGAAGCCGCCCGUGGCCGCGCUGUGCAAUGCGUAUCUUUGGGAUCGGCUUUGGUUUGCCUUUGAAUGGAGGGGAGAGGGAAAUGGCAUGCACACGAUAGAUGACUUGAAUUGUGUCAUUCAAGCAGUGUGUUCGUGUUACUGUCAGUGAAAGGACACAAGCCUAACUCAUCAAAUUCCUUCUUUUCCCCCAUAUCUCAUCUGACCCAAACCCUUCUCAAUUUUCAUCACCCAAAUUUGUUUACAUCAGUUGAGAAAAACAACUGAUCAAGUCAGUAAACUUUUUACAGCCUACGAGAAGCAUUUACUACUUAGAAACAUUUCUAUCUAUUUUCUAUAUCUGUGAAUACUGCGUAUCUAAUCUAACCUAAGAAUUGUGUUUUAAGAAAAGCGCAAUGAUGCUACCUUAUGAUGCUCAAUGUUUAAAAUCUUGGGAUUUCAUUUUCAAGCUGAAAUAGGUAACAGAAAAACUUAACCUUAAAUGUUUACAUUGAAUUUCUAAAUUAAUACCAAUUCCAAAUUAAGUGAUCUAUGCUCAAUUAAAGGCCAUGGGGAAUUUGAAACUUAUUGGCAUUCUAUGAGAUACUAUUUCUGUGGCAUAGUGAAUAAUACACAGACUAUUCUGCCAUGUAGUAAGCCUUCAGUGUAGUCUUUCUCUGCAUUGCCUUUUGGAAUAAAACUAUGUAUCCUAACCAUGUAUCCUACUGAAAUGUUAAUUCACAGAUGACCUAUAAUUUGCCAAGUACUGAGCUUAAGGUAGUGCGUUUAUACUUUAUUGAAGGCUCGCCUUCCUUUUUCACAUUAUUAACCUGUAUUUACAUUUGUGUAGUUUUAAACUAUGUUUCCAAAUAAACUUUGUCUGUGGCUUCAUGGUCUUUUCAGAACUCUCUCAAGAAGGGAUUUGGGGUCAGACCACUUAAAGUCAAACAGAAACCAAUUACUACUGCUUUAAGAAGCCUUUCUGUCGAAUAUCACAACAUAUAAUUUUGCAUGAAUUAUCUGGAAAGCAGGAAUGCAUUUGUAGACAAAGAAAACACCUUGAAAACCAUUUUCCUUUGUUAAUUUUUUAAGACUAAAAUAUUAACCUGAAAUCGAAAUUUGUGAUCUUUUUAGAAUAAAAGCAUUAAAAUAUGUGUCA